UCCUCUUAGCGCACAUCCAGCUUGCCAAACCGCGGAAAAAGUUUGAGAAGUCUUGGAGAAAGCUUCUCUCCCCCCGCCCCCCCCAUUUCCCUUCCGCCCACAACUGGCUGGGCAGCCUGUGGGGCUCGUGACGCAGCGUCUGAAUUCUUAGAAGGCAGGGGAGGGGCGCUUUUUUCUUUUUUUUUUGGGAAGGGGGGGCGCAUUCCUUGUCUCUCUCCCAUCUCCCUGUCUCUUUACCCUCCCAUCACCUUCCCAACAGGAGGAGGGGAAGCAAAGGACCCUGAGUCAGCACGGAGAGAGAGAGAGAGACAGAGUGCGCAAAGACGCAAAAGAAGGAGAAGAGGGAGAUCAGUCCCAGCCCCCACCCCCACCGCUAUGAAACUUCCCAGCCCCCCCUCUUCGCCACGGCCUCGCUUGCUGAGAUGCGCCCUGGGCAUCCUUCUGACCAUUGAUCUCGGACUUUGCGCUCUUCUCCCAGGUAGGGCUGAGUUGGCCAAAUGUGUUUGUUUUUCCUCCCUUCCAAACUUGCGGCGUCUUUUAAGAAGGGCGGGAGGUUGGGUGGUGGUGGUGAAAGGAGGUACUUGUAGAUCUGCCUCUUUAAAAAAAGAAGAAGGGGGGGUCGGCUCCUCACAAAGUUAGCAUGCACUUUUCUCCCCACCCCGAUUUCCCUCCCCCCGCCCCACGUUUUGGGCAGUUGUUGGGGCAUUUGGGGGGUGUAUGCGAGCUUGCGUUUUGCAAGAGGGGAGGAGAAACCUGAAUGGAACCAGAUGUGGUUUGGAAUUGCGAAGGGAGGAGGAGAUGGAAGCGGCUGUUUUUGAAAGAAACUGGGGGGGGCACACACUUGGUUCUCUUCUACCUCCCCAUCAGCAAAAAAAAAGGAGGAUUUUUCUCCAGUUGCAAGAUCUGAUCCCUGCUGCAUUUGAAAUAAAUGCUCUUGUUUCUGCACCCCUGAGGUUUGGGAAUUUUAUUCUUUCGCCCACCAGUUCUGCCUUGCAACCCUGCAGGCUUUUUGCAUGUGUCCAGCCGUAAUAAAAACCCCAACACACCACCGGAUUUUUCCAGAGGAAUCAGUGUUUCCAAAAGCAAGAGCGAGCGCAUUUUCCAAGCUGGUCUCCCAAUUGUCCCUCGGAGGAGGAUAGCGAUUUGGCCAGCAACAACAGUGAUAGAGACGAGAAACUAAUGAGAGGCAUUUGUUGGUCCCCAGAGCUUUGUCAAAGGCUCAGUGUAUUUGCUUCGCAAGCACACUGGCCUUGCGAGUUGGCCAAAUUUGCAAAACUUGCUCCAGUGUCUGGACCCGGUCAGUUGUGCCAGACAGUGACAUUUAAAGAAAUAAAUAAAACCCCUGCUUUUUUGCUCCAGUUUCCAUGCAGUCUGCAACCAAAGGAUUAACAAAAACAAACAAACGUUGCAGCGUGAUAAAUUUCAAAAAGAGCCCCAUUGUGGAUUACGAAGCGAAAAAAAUGCAAUUUAAAGUAAAUCAGGAAGCCGCUGGGAAAUGGGGGGAGCAGGAAGCCGUUGGGAAAAGGAUCAGGAAUGAAGCAGUGUGUGGUUGGUGGGUUGUCUCAGUUUUGGGUGGGAAGUUAGAGCAAAAGAUGCAAUGAUGGAGUGAGAGCAGCUUUGUUGUUGUUGUUUAGUCGUCCGACUCUUCGUGACCCCAUGGACCAGAGCACCCCAGGCUCUCCUGUCUUCCACUGCCUCCCACAGUUUGGUCAAACUCAUGCUGGUAGCUUCGAGAACACUGUCCAACCAUCUCAUCCUCUGUCGUCCCCUUCUCAUUGUGCCCUCCAUCUUUCCCAACAUCAGGGUCUUUUCCAGGGAGUCUUCUCUUCUCAUGAGGUGGCCAAAGUAUUGGAGCCUCAGCUUCAGGAUCUGUCCUUCCAGUGAGCACUCAGGGCUGAUUUCCUUAAGAAUGGAUAGGUUUGAUCUUCUUGCAGUCCAUGGGACUCUCAAGAGUCUCCUCCAGCACCAUAAUUCAAAAGCAUCAAUUCUUUGGCGAUCAGCCUUCUUUAUGGUCCAGCUCUCACUUCCAUACAUCACUACAGUUUAUAUAUGGGGACCAACAUCAGAGCAGCUUAUAUAUGGCUAAUUGCAUAGGCUGAUUGGGGUAGGAGAUCGCCCACAACCACAUGCUCUUCUCUUUCUCCUCCCACCCAGCGGCUUGCGCACCUCUGUAGCCAGCCAGGUACCUGUUCAACACUCGCAGAAACUUGUAUUCCUGCCUCACCCCUUGGAAAAUGGGGAGCAGGAGGAAUGGGCCCACCCCACUCCCACACUGCUCCAAUCAAAUGCAGAACUCUGCUGCCUGCAGCUCCUUUUACAAGUAAAAACCAGCUGGGGUAGAUGGGAAUUGUAGUCAAAAACAUCUGGAGGGCACUGGCUUGGAGGAGGCUGGUAAAACAAAGAAUGCAAAGAGAUGCCAGAAUGUACAGUGGUACCUCAAGUUACAUACGCUUCGGGUUACAGACUCCGCUAACCCAGAAAUAGUACCUCGGGUUAAGAACUUUGCUUCAGGAUGAGAACGGAAAUCGUGCUCCGGCGGCGCGGUGGCAGCGGGAGGCCCCAUUAGCUAAAGUGGUGCUUCAGGUUAAGAACAGUUUCAGGUUAAGAACGGACCUCCGGAACGAAUUAAGUACUUAACCUGAGGUACCACUGUAGUUCGUUCCCUAAUACGUUGGACUUGGAUGUGGGAGACCUGCAGUCAUAACUCACGCCACAAAACAGUGGCCAUGAACAAUGUUCCUCUCUGUAAAAUGGGAAUAAUAAUAAUGUCCUAGCUCUCUGGCAUUGUGAGGACUUUCGUAUUACAUGCUUAGAAUGCUGUUGCUGCUUAGCAAGUGAAAUAAGCUAAAAUGAAAUGAAGAGUCAAGAUGUUCACAGAAUGUGAAAUGACGUGUUUUGAAAACACUUGGUGCAGUUUCACGGAGGCUGCUUACAUACCAUACAUUUAAAGCGCACUUAAAACACAUGACUUUCCCCAAAGACGCCUGGGAACUGCAGUUCUUUAAGGGUGCUGGGAAUUGCAGUUCUGUGACAGGUAGAUGACAGUUCCCGUAAUUAUUUUGGGGCAGUAAUAUGCUUUCAAUGUAUGGUGUGAACACCGCACAGUGUAAAAGGAAGACAGGUUCCAAUGCCUCUCACUCUUGAGUGUUAAGAUAUAUUAAUGGACUUCUUUUUGAGCACUGGCAUAUUUCUAAUGUGUGUUUUUAAAAGCCGCAUAACUAUGUUGUACUGUGGGUGGCCUGUUGCUUUCGAAGGCCGCUUUUAAAAUGAGAAGUGAACUGUUGGCACAACUUAGUCAUCCAUCGGACAACUGGCAUCUAACUUUUUUCUAAUUUAAUUUGCUCAAAGAUAGUUUCUCUCUGAUUAUUGAAAGCGUCACUUCUGCCUACAUGUUGGAUGGAGUGGAAGGAAUUAGAAGCAAAGCUGUGAGAUCUCUUUAAAAAACCAACAUGACAAUUUUGAGUCCUUUUUAUUAUUAUUUGAACAAAGAGAAGUAAUGUGUAGGAUGGGAGUCAAGAGCAUCUGCUAACCUCUAGGUUAGAUUACUGCAAUGCAUUAUACAUGGGGCUGCCUCUGAAUACUGUUCUGAAACUUCAGCGGGUGCAGAAUUCAGCAUCCAGGUUGCUCACCGGGGCAAGGCAGUUUGCGCAUAUAAUGCCAACCCGACCGCACUGGCUGCCAGUUAGUUUCCAGGCCCAAUUCAAGGUGCUGGUUUUGACCUGUGAAGCCCUAAAUGGCUUAGGACUGCAAUACCUCAAGGACCUUCCUCCGUUCAUAUGAACAGACUGGACCCAGUGAUCGUCAACUGAGACCUUUCUUCAUACACCCUCUCCAAAAGAGGUCGGGGGGGGGCAAUACGAGAGCAGGGGCUUUUCAGUGGUAGCUCCCCAUUUGUGGAGUGCUCUCCCCUGGGAAGCUUGCCUGGCGCUUUUGUUACAUAUCUUUAGGCGCCAGGCAAAAACAUUCCUCUUCUCCCAGGCCUCUCGCUAAUUAAACAAGCUAUGGGUUUUUAAACUGUAUGGCGGGUCAUUCUUUUCGUUUGCUAUUAUGGUAUGGUUUUUUUUGUUUUGUUUUUAUGUUGUAAACCGCCCUGUAAUCUUCGGAUGAAGGGCUGUAGAGUAAUUUAAUUAAUUGAUUAACAAUAAUAAUAAUACAAUGGUACCUCGGUUCUUGAACGUCUCCGUUGAUGAAUGUUUCGGAACCUGAACGCCGAAAAUGGUUUUCAAACAUUUCGAAACUGGAACGGUCUUCCGGAACGGAUUGCGUUUGAGAACCAAGGUACCACUGUACUUGAGAAGAAAGGAAUGAGCAGAUCAAAGCCUUCUUUCUAUAGUUCUCAACACCAAAACAUUUGCCUAAAAGGAAAAAGUAUCCUGGAAGAUGCUUGUGCUUUGUUCCAACCAGGGCCGGAUUUCAUAGAAUCAUAGAAUCAUAGAGUUGGAAGAGACCACAAGGGCCAUCGAGUCCAACCCCCUGCCAAGCAGGAAACACCACCAGAGCACUCCUGACAUAUGGUUGUCAAGCCUCUGCUUAAAGACCUCCAAAGAAGGAGACUCCACCACACUCCUUGGCAGCAAAUUCCACUGUCAAACAGCUCUUACUGUCAGGAAGUUCUUCCUAAUGUUUAGGUGGAAUCUUCUUUCUUGUAGUUUGGAUCCAUUGCUCCGUGUCCACUUCUCUGGAGCAGCAGAAAACAACCUUUCUCCCUCCUCUAUGUGACAUCCUUUUAUAUAUUUGAACAUGGCUAUCAUAUCACCCCUUAACCUCCUCUUCUCCAGGCUAAACAUGCCCAGCUCCCUUAGCCGUUCCUCAUAAGGCAUCGUUUCCAGGCCUUUGACCAUUUUGGUUGCCCUCCUCUGGACACGUUCCAGUUUGUCAGUGUCCUUCUUGAACUGUGGUGCCCAGAACUGGACACAGUACUCCAGGUGAGGUCUGGAGUAGGUUUGAUGAGGCCCUAAGCUACUGAAGGUAAUGGGGCCCUUUAUACGUCCAGCUGUCCUUUGUCAACAACAAAUUGUCGCUGUUAUUUGUGUUGAAUAUAUGCUAUAUGGUGAUUUAUGGACCUAAUAGUUAUCUAAAGCUAUUUGCACAUAACAAAUAGGAGCCCACAGAACACAAAACACUGUUGCUGUAAGUAGGUUUUAUUUUAUUUGUUUUUUAUCUUAUAUUUUGGAAAUGUACAUCCAGUUUUUUCCCCUUUUAAAUUUUUGGGGGUCCCUCAAGAGAGUGGGGCCCUAAGCUAUAGCUUGUUUAGCUUAUACGUAAAUCCGGCACUGGUUCCAACCCAAACCUAUGAAUUCCUGUCAGUGCUGCUGCUGUCACUUGGGGACAUUCCUGGCUCACUGUUAACAUGUCUAUAGGAUGCUGUAGCUCAGGGGUCGGCAACGUGCGGCCCGUGGGCCGGAUGCGGCCCACGAAGACGGUUUUACCGGCCCACGAGCCGCCACCGAACUGCCCGCUCAGUGAGUCCCCUGUGUGCUGCGCUAAACCAGCAUUUUGAUCAGUGUAUUACCAUGUUGUGCUAAGGUGGUGGGAAAGAACUGUAUGCCAGGAUACCACCUGGAAUUUCAUCGCGUGAAAUUGCAAUGCAAAAUUCCCUCAGUUUCCUGGGAUUCAGCUGGAUUUCCCAGAAGUGGCUUUUGCGUUUUGUGAAAGAACACGAAAAUUGUCAGAAGGAAACUGAAAUAAAGUACCUCCUGAAUGCAGUCUUCUCUCCUAAUUGUGAAGCAAAAACACAAAAAGCAAACAACACCCAUCACCGCUGUUUAAAAUAGGGAAACCAGAACGAUAUUCCAGUCCAACAGUAGCGAACAUUAUUUUUCCAGAAUUUGGAAGUUGUCGCAGGACUGCAGGCAACAGAACAGAAGACUUUCUGGUUAGUCACUUCUCUGGUUCUGUAUGUGGCAUGUGAGCUCAGAAGAAGGCAGGCCAGUAGGGAACAGACCCGAAUACAGUGGUACCUCGGGUUACAUACGCUUCAGGUUACAUACACUUCAGGUUACACACUCCCCUAACCCAGAAAUAGUGCUUCAGGUUAAGAACUUUGCUUCAGGAUGAGAACAGAAAUUGUUCUCCGGUGGCAUGGCGGCAGUGGGAGGCCCCAUUAGCUAAAGUGGUACUUCAGGUUAAGAACAGUUUCAGGUUAAGAACGGACCUCCGGAACGAAUUAAGUACUUAACCUGAGGUACCACUGUAUCAGUGAUGUGGAAAGGCUUUUUGUGAAACAUCUUGUAGUUGGCCAAACCAGCUAUCAGUAUCAACAUGCUGCAAUGGAACCUGGUCUGUCUACCACAUUUGGGUGCUGUAGGUCACACCCAACUGAUACAUUUAAAGCAGGGGUCAGCAGACUUUAUCAGCAGGGGGCUGGUCCACUGUCCCUCAGACCUUGUGGGGGGGCCGGACUAUAUUUUUUGGGGGGGAAAUGAACGAAUUCCUAUGCCCCACAAAUAACCCAGAGAUGCAUUUUAAAUAAAAGGACACAUUGUACUCAUGUAAAAACACCAGGCAGGUCCCACAAAUAACCCAGAUAAUGCAUUUUAAAUAAAAGCACACAUUCUACUCAUAUAAAAACACGCUGAUUCACGGACUGGCCGGAUUUAGAAGGUGAUUGGGUUGGAUCCAGCCCCGGGCCUUAGUUUGCCUACCCAUGAUUUAAAGCACUGUUACGCCACGUCAGGCGUCAUGGCUUCACCCAAAGAAUUCUGGGAAAGGGAAGUUUGUUAAGGGUGCUGAAAGUUGUUGAGAGAAAUGCCAUCCCCGUGAUUCAUCGGGGGAAGGCAUGGGGUGUAAAUGUAUGGGGUGGACUUCAGCUUUUCCUCCACAGGAAUUCCAGGAUUCUCGACCCUUUAUUGCUCUGUACUGCACCAUUGCAGCUUCUCUCCAUGUAUGCCCCUGUUGAAUUUGCUCCAGUUUUGUCCUCCAUUUCUCCCAGGUUUCCCUUAGUAGAACCGCAGACCUGUUAAAAACUAGAUUUGUGCACACUGACGGGCUUCCAGUUUGAUUCAGAAUUUAACUUUAGUAGUUUGGUAGGGGGGACGCGGGUGGCGCUGUGGGUUAAACCACAGAGCCUAGGACUUGCUGAUCAGAAUGUUGGUGGUUCGAAUCCCCGCGACGGGGUGAGCUCCCGUUGCUCGGUCCCUGCUCCUGCCAACCUAGCAGUUCGAAAGCACAAAGUGCAAGUAGAUAAAUAGGUAUCGCUCCAGCAGGAAGGUAAACGGCGUUUCCAUUUGCUGCUCUGGUUCGCCAGAAGCAGUUUAGUCAUGCUGACCACAAGACCCAGAAGCUGUACGCCGGCUCCCUUGGCCAAUAAAGCGAGAUGAGCGCCACAACCCCAGAAUUGGCCAUGACUGGACCUAAUGAUCAGGGGACCCUUUACCUUUUAGUUUGGUAGGGGCAAAAGUUUCUUGUACUUGCAUCCGUGUUUAUGCGACCUGAGUCUUCUGCCUGCAACUGCAGCAUGGAUUUGCCUUGGGAGGGUGGAUGGAAAGUCCCCAUGGAGGCAAUUUAACUCGACUGACCUUCUGGAGCAAUCUGAGGUAUGCUUUGUAUAGGAAACUUUUUCUCUCUGGAAAUUCAGAUUGGCCACCAACAGUGGCCAGGUGUGUGGGCAGCUUUUUAAAGCACCAUUUAACACCUCUGAGUGUUGUUUUUAAAAAGGGUGUUGUUGUUAUUUGUGUAAAAGCUCUGAAACCACUUGCAACAGAAGCUCUGGAGCAAUGAUUUAAUCCCCCCCCCACCUUUUAGGCUGUUUUUGCAUAUAAACACACACAAACACAUAACUCUCAGAGGUGCUUAUAUAGUAUGCAGCUUUUAUUGAUCUAAAGGCAGCAUUGCCCUUUUGGGAUUUCGGGAAAAGUGGUCUAAUUAACUAUAAAAAACUCUCCCUUUUCCCUUUAAAACUUUGUAUAUUAAUACGUGCCGGAAAGUGCAGUGUACCAGAGAUCCAUCUUUUACAGAUCCCGUGCCAUUUUUAAGCUGUUGUCCUAUUUCACCUAUAUACAAAUGAUAUUGUUGAGUUUCUGUCAUCACUAACUUAUCGCGUCUCCAAGUUGGCCACAAAAAGAAUUCUGUUUUAUUGGAUGCAGAUGAUCCUACAAUUCUAGUCCAGAAAAAAAUGGGUGUGAGGGUAUUUUCUGAAUAUUGUUAAAAAGAAGGUAAUGGUGUUUUCUAAAUGAUACACACACCUUCCCCAAAUGGUAUUUAGAUGAGCAGCUUAUUGAACAAGUAACAGUUUUUAACCAUUUGGGAAUAGAUUUUCAACCUUCUGAAAAGAUCAACAAGAAUAUUGGCUUAGAAGAAGCUAUUCAAAUUCUUCUGCUUUUUUAAAAAAAAAAACCCAAACAAAAGGCCAUAACUUUAUUUCUGCAGUACUUGGCUAAACCUUGAGCUCAGUUACUUGAUGGGAUUCCGAUGCUAAUUUAAACCCUCUGGAUGUUGUGCAGUGUAAAUUCCUUUGACACGUUUCCUCUGUACCAGGUUGGGUCUCAAAUGUCACUUUGCAACGUUUGAGCUUCCAUUCUCACACAGGGCUGGAUGAGGCCAUUGGCUCUGUCUGAAUGGCUUGGUUCGUUCCGUUCCGCUGGAUUCCCUUGAAAGCAAGCUGGAUGAAAGCCAUCGAUUUAAGGUUAUGCACAUUUGACUUUUCAACCACAUCAGUUAUUAAGUUUAGGUCCGAGCAGAGCAUUAGAACGUAUUGAGGCGACGCCUGUUUGAUACUAGACCACAAAAUAAUCUUCCUGCAAUGAGAAAAUUGAGUCCCUGGUAUGACUGCUUUGCAGAUAGCCCUCUUGAUAACAGUAGCAUCUCAUCUACGUGGGGCUGCCCUUGAGACUGACCCAGAAACUCCAGCGGGUGCUGAAUGCCACGGCGAGACUCGUUACGGGGUCCUCGCUGCGAGAUCACAUUCAGCUGGUGCUAUACCAGCUGCACUGGCUCCUGGUGGAGUACAGGAUCAGAUUUAAGGUGCUGGUUUUAACCUUUAAAGCCCUAUACGGCCUAGGACCCUCGUACCUACGGGACCGCAUCUCCUGGUAUGUCCCACAGAAGAAUUUACGGUCUUCAAACAAAAACAUCUUGGAGGUCUCGGGCCACAGGGAGGUUAGGCUGGCCUCAACCAGAGCCAGGGCUUUUUCGGCUGUGGCCCCGAUCUGGUGGAACGCUCUGCCACAAGAGACUAGGGCCCUGCAGGACUUGACAUCUUUCCGCAGGGCCUGCAAGACAGAGCUGUUCCACCAGGCCUUUGGCCAGGGCACAGCCUGACUCCCUCCUUUGGCAAUCUUCACAGAACUCUAGCCCAAUGGUUGCCAUCAAUUUGAUUUGAAUUAAUUUUAUAAUGAAAUGAUUUUAGAAUGUUGUAUUAUUUUAUUGUUGUUAGCUGCCCUGAGCCCGGCUUCGGCUGGGGAGGGCGGGAUAUAAAUUAUUAUUAUUAUUAUUAUUAUUAUUAUUAUUAUUAUUAUUAUCUGCAGGAUCUAACAUAUCCAAAGAACAGAAGAGCCUUCUUGAGUUCACAACUGGACGUGCUUCCUUCAGCAACAGUACUUGAGGGUUGUUUUAAGACAGGCAAAGGCAAACGUGGCCCUCCAGAUGUUUUGGGACUACAACUCCCAUCAUCCCUGACCACUGGUCCUGUUAGCUAGGGAUGAUGGGAGUUGCAGUCCCAAAACAUCUGGAGGGCCGAGUUUGCCUGCGCCUGUUUUAAGAGAAUCCUUUCACAAAGUUGGAUAUAGAGUUUUCCACUUCCUCCAGGUCUUGCUACCCAAAAAUACAAAUUAAAAAAAUGCUAUAUUUUCUAACCUCGAAAGCAACUUCCUGGCUUGGGGUUAGGUCCACAGGCUCUCUCCUCCUAGGAAAGGAGCAUCGCCUGAGAGGAGUCCUUUGCCACAGAUGGAAGGAGUCAUUUUGCAUUGAUUUCCUUCACAGAACUACAAUUCCCAGAGUUCCCUGGUGCGUGGAUGUGGCCGUAAUGUGGAAAGUUGGUCAGGAUCAGUGCCCGUUUACCAGAUACAGUGGACGCUUGGGUUGCAAACGUGAUCCAUGUGGGAUGCACGUUCGCAACCCGCGUCUGUGCACGCGUGGGUUGCGAUUCGGCGCUUAUGCGCAAAGUGCAAUUUAGCGCUAAUGCGCAUGCGCGACCGCCAAAAUCCAGAAGUAACCUGUUCCGGUACUUCUGGGUUUCGGCGGUCCGCAACCCGAAAAAACGCAACCUGAAGCGGUUGUAACCCGAGGUAUGACUGUAGGCAGAUUAGGCACCGUCCUGUGGGUCCCCCGCCUCCCCCCCCACAAUAAUAUUUAUUAUUUUCCAUACAUAAACAUAACAGAAGAAAAAGUUAACAAUAAUAAAGGAAAAAGAAUGAAACGCAAAAAAGAAAAAGAAAAAAGAAUAUAAAACAUAAAAUACAUCAAAUCACCACAUAAACUAAAACUUAAUUAAUUAAAAUCCAUCUUCAUAAACAUAUUACUUGACUUCCUCAAAUCUCUUCCAUCUGAGUUUCUUAGUAAUUAUAUAUAGCAGUUUCCAAUAUCAUUAUUUCAUAAAACCAUAUCACAGUCAUAAUCAUAUUUCCUAACUUUUCUUGUCGUACGUUUUCUUAUUUAUUUAUUCAAUCCCAAUUUAAUCCUAGGCCUCAUUGAUUCUUUCAAGUGAUUACAUAGCUUUAAUAUUACAAUAUUUAUUCAAAUAGUCUUUAAAUUUCUUCCAGUCUCCUUGGUGUUCCUCUUCUUUCUGGUCACGGAUUCUCCCGCCUUUUAGGGGGCGCUGGGACAACGGAUCAAAAUCAUAAUCGAUUUUGAAAUACUGAUCUUGAAAGAAAGUGUCAAUCAAGCUUUCUUCUCUCCUAAAAUUUGUGAGGGGAUCCCCCGAGAUUUUGACUGCCUAGGGGCGUCCGCAGGGUUUAAUCCGGCGCCGGUUGGGAUUCUGCUAGCCAUUUACGACAGAAGAGCAACGCUCGAUUUGUGCCAGGAGUCAGCAGUCUGGAAGCAUCCUUAGCAAUGCUGAAAUUCACAUUUCAGGGUGUGUGUUGUUGUUUUUUAAAAAAAAGGCUAAGAACAUGUUUAGACACAUAUUAUGGCUCCGCGUCAUACAGCCACAUCCGAAGAGCAGGAAAUGUAAUGGAGGAAAAUAUAUUCCUAUCUCCAUUUUUUUCGGCACUUCGACUCCCUUUGUGAGACUUGCUAGAUCACAAAGGCAGGACUAGGAGGUCCCGUAUUUAGAGAGUAUUAUGUGCCUUUCCCUCCUCAGGUAACUUGCCUUUGUGUUUGCCCCUCCUGUAAAAGGUUCUGAAAUCUCCAGCGGCUGUAAUUUUCUAAGUUCUCCUGCAAGUGGUAAUUUUCUACUUUUAGCCCUUUGUCUGUUUUUAGAGUCAGCCGAUCUCUCCCUUUCGGUCAUAGGCACAAAUUCUUUUUCUGGUCUGGACAGUUGAGUUUGACCUUACGGUUUCUAAACUCAUCUAUCCUGGAGCAUGGCGAAGCCUCGGGAGAGCUCAUCUUUUCCAGAACCUGUCAUGUCUUGAAUUAAUUUUAUAAUGAAUGAUUUUAGAGUGUUGUGUUGUACUGUUGUACUGUUGUACUGUUUUAUUGUUGUUAGCCGCCCUGAGCCCGGCUUCGGCUGGGGAGGGCGGGAUAUAAAUAAAAUUUAUUAUUAUUAUUAUUAUUAUUAUUAUUAUUACUAUCAUCAUUUUGUUUUUGGGGGUGCUGACACCGUUGCCUCCUUUUGUACCUGCAAGGAAAGGGAUCUUGAGAGUGAAUGAUUAAAAAAAUAAAUCCAUACCCUCCAAGAUUUCUCCAAUGAAAAUAGGGAUGUACUAUUCAACAACAACAACAGUAUCCCUUCCAUCUGACUAGGUUGCCCCAGUCACUCUGGGUAGCUUCCAGCCUAUAUAAAAACAUAAUAAAACAUUGAACAUUAAAAAAAGCUUCCCUGUAAUGUUGUCUAGUUACUUAUCUCCUUGGCUUGGUGGGUCAUAUAACUCCAUACACUCCAGGGUGGAUAAAAAUCAAGGAUUUAAAAUAAAUAAAUAAAUAAAUAAACGGAUUUUUAAAUUUUAAAUCGGAUUUUUAAAAAUUUAAAUCAGAUUUUUUUAUUUAAAUCGGAUUUUUAAAAUAAAAUGCUUUUGGAUAAAAAAUCUUUCUAAUGAUAGAUUUCUAUUUAAGUUACAUUAUAGUCCAAAGGCUAUUCAUCGGGAAAUAAGGAUUUGUUUUAAGCUUUUCAUGUGUGCUAAAACUCAGUAUAAGGUUGUGUUGUUGUUUUUAAAAAAAUCGUUUAACCACAUUAGUUAACAAACAUGGAUACAUAGGCUAUAAUGUUAUUGUUUUAGUUAAAUAAAUUGUUUACAUUGUUAUUAAGGAAAUGAUUAUUAUUCUCCUUCCAGUAAUGUACAGCAGAAAUAUAAACAAUAAUUUCAUAAUUACCCGUCUUUGUCUUUCUAAUAGUAUAACCAAAUCAGUGAAUUUUUUAUAUAACUGUAAAAACAACUCUGAAAAUUUAUCAUUCCAAAAAUGAAACCUCCUUCUGGUUGUAAAUAUUAAGAUUAUACCCUCAAGAACGAAUCUUUCUGUAAAAAAGUGAUUUAGAUCAAGUCUUACUGACUAGUGAUUUAAAUCAAGUCUUUAAAAGGUAAAGGUAAAGGACCCUUGACAGUUAAGUCCAAUAGCGGACGAGUCUGGGGUUGUGGUGCUCAUCUCGCUUUAGAGGCUGAGGGAGCUGGCAUUUGUCCGCAGACAGUUUUUCUGGGUCAUGUGGCCAGCAUGACUAAGCCGCUUCUGGCGAACCAGAGCAGCGCACGGAAACGCCGUUUACCUUCCCGCUGGAGCGGUACCUAUUUAUCUACUUGCACUUUUUGCUGUGCUUUUGAAUUGCUAGGUUGGCAGGAGCUGGGACAGAGCAAUGGGUGCUCACCCCGUCACGGGGAUUCGAACCACUGACCUUCUGAUCGGCAAGCCUUUGAGGCUCAGUGGUUUAGACCACAGCGACUAGUAAUUUAAAUUGUGAUUUGAAUAGAUUUGAUUUAAAUCAAAUCCACCCUGAUACCCUCCAACAUUUCUCUGAGGAAAAUAGGGAUGUCCUAAGAAAAAGCGGGAUAUUCCGGGAUCAAAUCAUAAACUGCUUCUGUAAAUUUGGGGCUGUUCCUGGGAAAUAGGGACUCUUGGAGGGUUUGAGAUGGUUGUAUCUUGUGGUGUUAGUAUGGCUUCCGUCAGCAGGACAUGGAAGCAAUCGAUUUCUGGCGAUUCCCUGUGGAGGGUUCCCCAACCCUUUGGAGCAGAAUUAUGGAAUGGAGGGAGCUACAGGAGGAAAACCAGUUCCCCUCACAUUCUGCUGACGGAAGUGUUACGGUCAUCGGAACAGCACAUUGCAUAAAAUCUAGAAGCAACAUCUCAUCAGCUGGAAACCUUGCCCUUAAGCCAGAAACAUGGCUAAAGCCUGACUCCAGCUAUGGCCUGUGUCUUGUGAGAAACUUUGCUAAAGAGAUUGGCUUGGUGCGAGAAGGUAAUUGCAGGUUUUAAUAACCGUUUGGGGUUUUAAGCAAAGCAGCAAGUAAAAUGCGGUUCUGCAAGAAUGCAUGUUUUCAUAGUCAGAGGUGGUUGUAUACAGUACUAUUCCAGUUGGCUGCCCCUGCCAUCUGGGAAACUACCUCAUACUUGAUUCCUGCAGAGCUGUUUGCUACCAAUAUGGGGCUAUUGAAAGCAGAUCCCACCAGAUCUGGGCACUAUUCCACAUUAUGCCUGCUCUAACUCAUGUUUUCAUUUCAUUUCAUGCAUUUGUUUAUUAAAUGUGUAUACCAAUCUUACUCCAAAGUUCACAGGGGAACAUAAAAUUACAAAAUAAGAACACAAAAUACAGUACAGUGGUACCUCUGGAUGCGAACGGGAUCCGUUCCGGAGCCCCAUUCGCAUCCUCAGUAGAACGUAACACUUGACUGGUGCGUAAAGGUACAGUGGUACCUCGCAAGACGAAUGCCUCGCAAGACGAAAAACGCGCAAGACGAAAGAGUUUUUCGUUUUUUGAGUUGCUUUGCAAGACGAAUUUCCCUAUGGGCUUGCUUCGCAAGACGAAAACGUCUUGUGAGUUUGUUUCCUUUUUCUUAAAACCGUUAAUACCCAGGGUAACCGUGCUUCGCAAGACGAAAAAUUCACAAGGCGAAAAAACUCGCAGAACGAAUUAAUUUCGUCUUGCGAGGCACCACUGUACGUUAUGAAGGCCCCAGGUGAGCCUCUCUGGGGAGAGCAUGCUGCAAACGGAGAGCCACUGCAGAAAAGGCCCUUUCUCAUCUUGUCACCCUCCGGACUUCUCAUGGAGGAGGCACACAGAGAAGGGCCUCAGAUGAUUAUCAUUGCAGGGUCCAGGUCGGUUCAUAUGGGGGAGAGGCGGCCCUUGAGAUAUUGCAGUCCUGAGUCUUUUAAAGCUUUGUAGGUCAAAACCAGCGCUUUGAUUUGGGCUCAUAAACUUAAUUGUUGGCUAGUGCAGUAAGGCCAGGAUCAGUUUAAUAGGUUCAAACUGACUUGCCUUGGUGAGCAACCUGGCCUCUGAAUUAGUGGGUUGUGAGGAUGGUCCUGUCUGUGACAGGGAGUUGCUAACUACAUGGAGGGUUUUUUUAUACACUGGUACCUCGGGUUAAGAACUUAAUUCGUUCCAGAGGUCUGUUCUUAACUUGAAACUGUUCUUAACCUGAAGCACCACUUUAGCUAAUGGGGCCUCCUGCUGCUGCUGUGCCACCGCUGCACGAUUUCUGUUCUCAUCUUGAAGCAAAGUUCUUAACCCGAGGUAAUAUUUCUGGGUUAGCGGAGUCUAUAACCUGAAGCGUAUGUAACCUGAAGCAUAUGUAACCCAAGGUACCACUGUAUAUAAAAAGUAUACAGUGGACGCUCGGGUUGCGAACGUGAUCCAUGCGGGAUGCACGUUUGCAACCCGCAGUGGCGCGUUUGCGCAUGCGCGGCUUGCGAUUCGGCACUUAUGCGCAAAGCGUGAUUUAGCGUUUCUGCACAUGCGCGACCGCCGUAACCCGGAAGUAACCCGUUCCGGUACUUCUGGGUUUCGGCAGGUCCAUAAUUCGAAAAAACGCAACCUGAAGCGUCUGUAACCUGAGGUAUGACUGUAUUUUGUUUUAAUUUUCACAGACUCUGGGAUAUUCCUCAUCUAUAGCAGUGGUCUUCAAGGCUGCUUGGAGACUAAGGACUCUCUAGUGAAAAUUUCCAAGAGUUGCAACACCAGCCUCCCAGCCCAGAAGUGGAAAUGGGUUUCCCGGAACCGGCUUUUCAACGUUGGGGCUAUGCAAUGCUUGGGGGUCUCCUGGAAGUCUUCAAACUCAAGCGCAACAGCCCAGGCACUAGGCACCUAUGAGUGCGACCGGGAAUCUGUCAACAUGCGGUGGAACUGCCGGAGCCUAGGUGACCAGCUUUCCCAGUAUUUGAGCUCCAGGUUGGGGAACUGGUCACUGACACCAUCGGAGAGGGGCGAUCAGGCACGAGGAGGCCAGUGGAAGAUCUAUGGCCACGAUGAAGAUUUGUGCUCCAGGCCGUAUUCGGGUAAAGCCUCUAGUAGAGGAUUGAAACUUUUCUUUCUCAUUCUUUGCUGUUGCUGGUAGCACAGUGGUGCCUUGGUAGUCGAACGGAUUGACUCCAAAACAAAUCGGCUCCUGAAUGCUGCAAACCCAGAUGUGAGUGUUCUGGUUUGCGAACAUUUUUCAGAAGCCAAACGUCCAACACAGCUUCCAAUUGAGUGCAGGAAGCUCCUGCAGCCAAUCGGAGGCUGUGCCUUGGUUUUCGAACGUUUUCUGAAGUCAAACGGACUCCUGGAACGGAUUUAAUUCGAGAACCAAGGUACCACUGUAUGUGUUUCACGGGUUUGCUGUGCGAAUUCAGAAGGCGGGUCUCUCAACUGCACCAGUGCUGGGUCUAGCAAAGCAGAAGUGGUUCCUUCUACGUUCUGCACUGAGUUGUAAGAGUUUUCAGAGCUUAGGAUUGCUCUGCAAAUCAUAGUUGAGUGGAGAGUCAGCAAUCGUAAAAUUUCCAGCUGUUUGUAAAAGCCAAGGCAAACGGGAAAAUGGUGCUGUGUUUCUGAAAGAUGGGUCCUUGAUUCUUUGCCUCUCUUCCGCGAUGCUCGCUGCGUUCCCACCAUAUUUUAACUGUCUCUCUUGAGUUUCAUUUUGCCAAAGUCUGGGCCGUCGCCAAAGCCACCGACCACCAUUCAGUCUAAAUAACGCUUAAGUUCAAACAUCAGCCUCAGUUUGCAUUGGAAACAGCUGCAUAGUGAAAUUGUGGUUUAAAUUGCUUUAGUUUGAAUCCAGGUUAAGUUGGUUGCCUUCUGGCUGUUUCCACACUGGGCCCCUGCUGUGAAAUAGCUGCGCUUUUACUCACUUUCAACGAGGUACUGCAAAACAUCUUAACAAAGCACCCCCCACUUUAUCUUUUCAUAAACCCCUUGAGGGUAUUAGAGUGGCUAUUCCACUUCCAGCUUAAAUCAGAACAGCGAUUCUGUGCUGCUAAAUCGUCCCUGUCUGGGAGCACCCUUUGAUUUCCAGCGAGGAAAGUUAGCCAUGACUAACGAAGGUUCCACUAAAAUGAGCGCAGGAUUAAAGUUCAACUAAUUUAGCCUGGAUGGAACCCUCUUUCACAAAACCGAUGUGUGUUCUAAAUUGCAGCAUAAAACCACUCUGUGAUGUGGAACUGAACUGUUCUGUGAAAGGUUGCUUUUCUGUCCCUCAAGGCUGCAAAGAUAGGCAGAGGUACAUAGGCAGGUACCUGAUAGAAUCUAAGGCGCUAGAUGGAGGACCAAAUUUCCAGAGAAUCAGUGUUCCAGUGCUCUUUAACCUUUCUUCAAAAUAAGUGCAUGACAAAAAUGCCAUUUUUGUUUAAUUUGAGUAAUUUAUUUACUUCACGGAACUAAGCUGUUCUUUGGCAGAAAAUUUGGGCUAUGUUGAUGCAGACUUUUUUGGGAGAGAAAAAAUACCUGAGUACAUAUACAUGUAUUGCAAGGUGACCAAAUGAACAAGAAACUCAGAACUUGGACCAGAGAGCGGUUUACGAAUAUGAAUAGAGUCGUAGCCCAAAAUUCAUAAGUCAAGUCAGUGUGUCUUUCUGAAAGGACAAAUGAGCUCACAGAGGGCAAAUCCUCACCACCUCUGCGUUGUUGAUAUAUUAGGAGAGGAAGGGGGGAAUCGCAUUUCAAAGAAGUUCUUGUUUUGCUUUGCCUCUUCCCAGUCGGCUUUUGAUGUGCUAACUUUUCAGACAAUGCCAAACCCCAAAACCUUGCGAUCCAAUUCUGGAUUGAAUAGUCGGGAAGACCUUUUUUAAGUGUCUCCUAUUUUUGCCGCAGUAAACAGACUAAACCUUUUGCUGUGGGAAUUGAGGCCAACGCAUGUAGGUUUCCAAACCCUGUGAGAGAUCAGUUUCCCUGCUGAUUAUUUAGGGGCUCAGAUGCAAAUGGUCUUAUUUGAUGUCUUUGCCUUUUGCUAGUUUGAUGACCUUGAAGCUUUUCCAGCCAUCUGUGCUUCAGUCAGCAUCCUACCAUUAACAAACAAGCCCUGUGUUCUGAAGAACCCGCUUGAUGCAGAAUUUUUAUGUUUGUUUUGGUAGCGCAGUUCGCGCAUACUCUUGGUGCAUGUGGAAAAAAUUUCAUCAUGUGCUCAGUGGAGCAGCUCGACAGCCCAAAUAUGUGCUGGAUUAAUUUGAAGUCAGGCAGGGUAUGCUGUGAGGGCACAGCUAGCCGGAGGAGUUGUGGAAUGGCGUGUUGAAUGUUAACUUAGGGCUGCAAGAACAUACAGGUGAAACUCGGAAAAUUAGAAUAUUGUGGAAAAGUUCAUUUAUUUCAGUAAUUCAACUUAAAAGGUGAAACUAAUAUAUGAGAUAGACUCAUGACAUGCAAAGCGAGAUAUGUCAAGCCUUUAUUUGUUAUAAUUGUGAUGAUCAUGGCGUACAGUCGAUGAAAAGCCCAAAUUAACAAUCUCAGAAAAUUAGAAUUUUAAACGAAAUCAGCAAAACAAGGACUGCAAAUAGAGCAAUAUUGGGCCUCUGAGAAGUAGAAGCAUGCAUAUGUACUCAGUACUUUGUUUGGGCCCCUUUUGCAUCAAUUACUGCCUCUGCGGCGUGGCAUGGAUGCCAUCAGCCUGUGGCACUGCUGAGGUGUUAUGGAAGACCAGGAUGCCUCAAUAGCAGCCUUCAGCCCUUCUGCAUUGCUCGGUCUCAUGUCUCUCAUCUUUCUCUUGGCUUGGCAAUGCCCCAUAGAUUCUCUAUGGGGUUCAGGUCAGGCGAGUUUGCUGGCCAAUCAAGCACAGUAAUCCCAUGGGCAUUGAACCAGGUUUUGGUACUUUGGGCAGUGUGGGCAGGUGCCAAAGUCCUGCUGGAAAAUGAAGUCAGCAUCCCCAUAAAGCUCGUCUACGGAAGGAAGCAUGAAGUGCUCCAAAAUCUCCUGGUAGACGGCUGCGUUGACCCUGGACUUAAUGAAGCACAGUGGACCAACACCAGCUGAUGACAUGGCUCCCCAAAUCAACACAGACUGUGGAAACUUAACACUGGACUUCAAGCAUCUGGCAUUGUGUGCCUCCCCAUUCUUCCUCCAGACUCUGGGUCCUUGGUUUCCAAAUGAGAUGCAAAAGCUGCUCUCACCAGAAAAGAGAUUAGUCAAGAGACAGAUGAGAGACAUGAGACCCAGCAAUACAGAAGGGCUUCUCCAUGAUAUUCUAAUUUUCCGAGUUUCACCUGUAGGUUGCCAAGGCCUUUGGGGUUAAAUGAUAAGCAGUCACUCUCUCUCCAUAUCAAAGAAGGACUCUCCAUAGGAGCUCUUUCUCUCUGUGUGUUUUAUCUCUCUCUUCUCUUCCUCCAGAAAUUUACACCAUUCAAGGCAACUCUCAUGGGAAGCCCUGUACUAUCCCCUUCAAGUACGACAGCCAGUGGUUCUAUGACUGCACCAGCAUGGGGCGUGGAGAUGGUCACCUCUGGUGUGCCACCACACAGGAUUACGGCAAAGAUGAAAGAUGGGGGUUCUGCCCCAUUAAGAGUAAGCUGCUUCUGUGGGGUGGGAAAUCACGGGGACCGAUGGGCCAAACCACAGGAGUGAACAGAUGGUUGUGCCAACUGUUGAACCGAAAAACAGUCCUCCUUUCUUAAGACACCAUGGGAGGUUUCCUUCUGCCUUCUAAGCCUCCAGGGUUUUGGUUUCCAAAAUUACCCUUCUGUAAGUGUUCCGUUCACACACACAUGCCCUGAGCGGUUGCACUGGUUUCUGUGAUUCAGUCUUCCCCCUCAAGAGUUGGAGUAUUGAUGAAUAUUCCAUGCGGGUGUCCAGGGACAAGGGACUAAAACAAGUAGCGUUCGCUGUAAAUAGAUAAGAUAGGCUUGCAAGUGCUGCAGAAGCUGUAGUAGUGUAUAGAACAGGCUUCCUCAGCCUUGGCCCUCCAGAUGUUUUAGGCCUACAACUCCCAUGAUCCCUAGCUAGCAGGACCAGUGGUCAGGGAUGAUGGGAAUUGUAGUCUCAAAACAUCUGGGGGGCCGAGGUUGAGGAAGUCUGGUAUAGAAGGACACCAAUGAUCGGUCUCUUUCCUGUAUCGUGACAAAGGGUAAACAAUAUACGCAUUAAUUUGAGACUGUCCUUUACCCUCAGGGCUCAAAGUGAGUUAAAUAUCUUACAAAUGUAUAUAAAAUAAAACAGACAUUGAAUGGGUGCUUCUCAGAGUGCUCAGUUUGAAAGAUAAGGAAGGAGUGCAAGCCUAUAGAAGGCCGUAUCACCAUUCCCAAACUGCUGUCCCAUCUUCUCUUACUCCUGCUACAGUGGUACCUCGGGUUACAGACGCUUCAGGUUACAGACUCCGCUAACCCAGAAAUAGUUAAGAACUUUGCUUCAGGAUGAGAGCAGAAAUCACCUGGCGGCGGCGGGAGGCCCCAUUAGCUAAAGUGGUGCUUCAGGUUAAGAACAGUUUCAGGUUAAGAACGGACCUCCGGAACAAAUUAAGUAUGUAACCAGAGGUACCACUGUAUAAAGUACAGUGGUACCUCUGGUUGCAAACGGGAUCUGUUCCAGAGGCCCGUUCGCAACCUGAAAGGAACACAACCCGCAUCUGUGUGUGUGCAGGUCGCGAUUCAUCGCUUCUGCGCAUACGCGUGAUGUCAUUUAGUGCGUCUGCACAUGUGCGAGCGGUGAAACCCGGAAGUAACCUGGACGCAACCUGAAAACGCUCAACCUGAAGCAAACACAACAUGAGGUAUGACUGUAUAAGGUAUAGUCACUGCCUUCUCUCCCCUGCCCCCACCUCACAGGACCCUGUCACACAACACAGAGGCUGGGAAAAGCCUUCCCUAAAACUCUGGAAAAGUGACUUGAAGUUUACAGCAUGUUAUUCUUUGAAGGAGAACUAUCUGAAAAUGAAUCACAGAUGGUAUUUAACUCCAUAGGUUUGUUAGGAUGUGUAAGACUAAUCAGAUAAGUGCUGGAAGUGUGAAGAGGCAGAGGGAAUGUUCUUUCAUAUGUGGUGGACGUGUUAAAGGGGAAAAGAAUAUUGGGAAAUGAACCGUAAUGAAUUGAAAAAAAUGUUUAAAAGUACUUCCCCCCCCCCCCAAAACAGAGUCCUUUCUGUUGGGGAUAAUCCAGACUGAAAUUCCCAGGUGUCAGAAAAGGUUAUUUAUGUAUGCCACUAUUGUGGCCCGUGUUUUGUUAGCCCAAAAAUGGAAAAUGAUCAAGGUGCCAACCAAAGACAUUCUAAGGGCAACUAGAGUUGACAGAAUAUGCACAGCUUGCAGACUUAACAUAUAGAAUAAGAGAACAAGAAGGACAUAAGUUUAAAGAAGAUUGGAAACUGUUUAUUGAAUAUAUGGGAAAUAAUUUUGUACAGCUGAAAAAGUUGGCAGCAUUAAGAUAAAUUCAACAGUAUAAAUAAGUUAUGUUGGGUGUAAUAAUGGAAUACUGAAUGGCAUAGUCUCUGUAAAAUAUGCAGGGAUUUAUGAUAUGUAAGGGAUGCGGGUGGCGCUGUGGGUUAAACCACAGAGCCUAGGACUUGCCGAUCAGAAGGUCGGUGGUUCGAAAAUGUUGAAAAGUACUUAAAAAACAAACAAACAGAGUCCUUUUCAUUGGGGAUAAUUCAGAUGGAAAUUCCCAGGUGUCAAAAAAGGUUAUUUAUGUAUGCCACUAGGGACACGGGUGGCGCUGUGGGUUAAACCACUGAGCCUCUUGGGCUUGCCGAUCAGAAGGUCAGCGGUUCGAAUCCCCGCGGUGGGGUGAGCUCCCGUUGCUCGGUCCCUGCUCCUGCUAACCUAGCAAUUCGAAAGCACGUCAAAGUGCAAGUAGAUAAAUAGGUACCGCUCCGGCGGGAAGGUAAACGGCGUUUCCAUGCGCUGCUCUGGUUCACCAGAAGCGGCUUAGUCAUGCUGGCCACAUGACCCGGAAGCUGUACGCCGGCUCCCUCGGCCAAUAAAGCGAGAUGAGCGCCGCAACCCCAGAGUCGGCCACGACUGGACCUAAUGGUCAGGGUCCCUUUACCAUUUACCUUUAUGAUAUGUAAAAUGAUCCAUGGAAAGAGAAGAAGGGAAGUCAUUGAUAUCUCAAGGGUGUAAAAUGAGUAUUUUAAAUUGUAAAGCAGAAAUUUUAAUAAAAAAUGUGUGUGUGUGUACACACACACACACACACACACACACACACACAGUGGUACCUCUGGUUACGUACUUAAUUCGUUCUGGAGGUCCGUUCUUAACCUGAAACUGUUCUUAACCUGAAGCACCACUUUAGCUAAUGGGGCCUCCCGCUGCCGCUGCGCCACCACUGUGCAAUUUCUGUUCUCAUCCUGAAGCUCUUAACCCGAGGUACUAUUUCUGGGUUAGCGGAGUCUGUAACCUGAAGCGUAUGUAACCUGAAGCAUAUGUAACCCGAGGUACCACUGUAUAUGUGUGUGUCUCCUUUCCACCUCCCAUUCUGUUGUGGUCAGCAAAAGGGACAACUCCCCUUUGAUGCUACCUACAGAUGGCUGCCCACAGGGUGUCUCUUGAUCGGUAUGGAUAAUGGUCACGUUGACUUGCAGUAGUAAAUGCCCUUCUUUCUUUCUUUUUUGCCUGUCCUCUUAGGCGAUGACUGCGAUACAUUUUGGGACAGGGACCAGCUCACCAACAGCUGCUACCAGUUCAACUUCCAGUCCACCCUGUCUUGGCAGGAGGCUGGGAAGAGCUGUGAGCAGCAAGGGGCCAGUCUGCUGAGCAUCACUGAGGUCCACGAACAGACCUACAUCAAUGGUGAGCUAUGGGCACAGGGAACUGAAGAAGUCCCUGCUGCCAAAAGUGUACACGAUUCCCUGAUUGCCUUUCUCCUGACAUGCACACCAGCAAUAGGCCAUUCCAGUCAUGUUUGUUCUCCUGGUCUACUUCAGUGAGUGGGAACUCAGUUUGGGAAGGGGCUAUACUGAGGACUGACUCUGGAAAAGUGGGCCAGUCACUAUAUAAGAUAUAAUAAUAAUAAUAAUAAUAAUAAUAAUAAUAAUAAAUUUUAUUUAUAUCCCACCCUCCCCAGCCGAAGCCGGGUUCAGAGCGGCUAAUAUCAAAUGUAUAACACAUUAACAUAAAAUCAGACAAUCAAUUAAAAUACAAAUGUGUUUCUGAACAGCGACAGGAGAUUUGGAGUUGCAGUUCUGUGAUCACUUGAGAUUCUGCAGCGGAUUUCAUUUCAUUUCAUUUUUAAUUUGUAUACUGCCUUUCUAUCUUACAAUGCUCAAGGUGGUUUACAAGCUGAAGAAACAAAAAAUGUGCAUCUUAUAACAAUCUAAUGCAAUACAAAAAUAUGAUAAUAAAGCAUAACUUUAAAAUAGGCAACCUACAUCAAAAAAGUAACAGUCAGCAAUCAUUAGAAUAGUAUAAAAUAAUGUCAACAUAUAAAAGUUAAACAGAAAUCCACUCAACAGUUACAAUAGUAUCUAAACUAUAAUCAAUAAAACGGCAAGCCUCAGUACAUAAAACAAUACAAUACACAUUAAGAAGCAGAGGGUGGGGCAGGGCAGGUGGACGGAGGCCUUGCCUGAUGGAGUCUCUCCCCUCACAGUCUCUCUAAAAUAAUAAUAAUAAUAAUUUAUACCCCACCCUCCCUGGCUAGAGCCGGGCUCAGGGCGGCUAACACCAAUAAAAUCACAGUAAAAACAUAUUAGGAGGAAAAGGAAAAGCAAAGCAAAAUUAAAAUACAGGUUAAAAUGCAAUUUAAAAUGCAGCCUUAUUUUAAAAGUAGGCGAUAAAUCAAGACGAUAAGGGAAGGGAAACAUAAGGGUCAGACUGAGUCCAAACCAAAGGACAGGCGGAACAGCUCUUCAGUACAGUCAAACCUUGGAUACCGAAGGCCUCCAUUUUGGAACGUUUCGACUCCCAAACACCGAAAACCUAGAAGUAAAUGCUCUGGUUUUCGAAUGUUUUUUGGAAGCCGCGCCUCGGUUGUCAAACAUUUUGGAAGCUAAAUGGGCUUCCGGAACGGAUUAUAUUCGACAAUCGAGGUUUGACUGUAUUGUUGCAGAAAUUCAGAAUCUCUUCAGUAUCGGAAGAAAAGGAAAGCUGGCGGGCUCUUGUUGCAAAUGAGAGAGAUAGGAUCUGGGGAAAAUCAGGCUGUGUUAUGUGGUCAGCAGGGCAAGCGUCCAAGAUUUAAGGAGGUCUCUGUGGCUGGAGGAAGUGGGGUCUAGGUUCUGUCAGGGACCAGGAAGUGCUUGCGUUGCUGGAUGUGUCUUACGCUGAGAAGGUGGAGGAUCUGACUGCCCUUUUCCUGUCUACACCAGGACUGCUAACGGGAUAUGGUUCCACACUGUGGAUUGGGCUUAAUGAUCUGGACCUCAACGGGGGCUGGCAGUGGUCAGACAACUCACCUUUGAAGUUCCUUAACUGGGAGAGUGGUAAGUAAAAAAAAUACCAAGAGGAUGGCUGAAUUAUCCCACUGAAUUGACAAAUGAGCCACAUGGCUGGCAUGGGCUGUUGGUAUUUGCUGGAGACUAAUUUUAUGCAGGUGGCGCUGUGGUCUAAACCACUGAGCCUCUUGGGCUUGCCGAUCAGAAGGUCGGCGGUUCUAAUCCCCGCGACGGGGUGAGCUCCCGUUGCUCGGUCCCAGCUCCUGCCAACCUAGCAGUUCGAAAGCACGCCAGUGCAAGUAGAUAAAUAGGUACCGCUCCGGCGGGAAGGUAAACGGCGUUUUCGUGCGCUGCUCUGGUUUUGCCAGAAGUGGCUUAGUCAUGCUGGCCACAUGACCCGGAAAAACGGUCUGCGGACAAACGCCGGCUCCCUCGGCCAAUAAAGCAAGAUGAGCACUGCAACCCGAGUCAUUCACGACUGGACUUAACUGUCAGGGGUCCCUUUACCUUACCUUAGUGCUACUAUAUCGCUUUUUGAAAUACAAAGUGUUGUGACACUUCUGAUACUGGUUUGGCCAAAGGUACCCCACAAAUGUCAACCGUGAGCAGUCACUUGAACUUGAGUCACAGUUGGCAAAUCAAGCUCUUCAGCUGUGCAGUAUAAAUUCUCUCCUGCCUUCAGUGAUGCAGCUAGAUAAUUUAAAACCCCAGACUUAGUGACCUUUUCCCCUCUUCUUCUUCUUUUUUGCAGUGGGGGGCUUUUGACGCCCAUGUGUAUUGUGGGCAGUUGUGAAGCAAACAAUUCACAUUUCUCUUCUCCAUCCCCUCCCAGCUCUCCUCCAUACUUUAAAACUGCUUCUACGUUUCUGAUAAAUCAGAGCAAGAAACACUUUGUGAAUUCUGAUUUAUUAUUAUUAUUUUUUAAAGGAGCAUGUGGAGUUUCUCAUUUUAAACUAGCCAUCUGGACUACGGGAAUAAAAUGGGGUUUGCUUCUGCUGAAUGGAUUUACUUGGGAAUAAGCAUCAUAUUUGCUUGUUAUGGAAAAGGAUGUAAUGGUUCUAAAGUAAAUAAUGAAACGAGCAUUCUGUACAUUGGUGCUUGGCCAUUUCUUGACACACACUCUCUCUCUCUCUCUGUACAGUGGUACCUCGGUUUACAUACGCUUCAGGUUACAGACUCCGCUAACCCAGAAAUAGUACCUCGGGUUAAGAAUUUUGCUUCAGGAUGAGAACAGAAAUUGUGCUCCAGCGGCGCAGCAGCAGCAGGAGGCCCCAUUAGCUAAAGUGGUGCUUCAGGUUAAGAACAGUUUCAGGUUAAGAACGGACCUCCGGAACGAAUUAAGUACUUAACCCGAUGUACCACUGUAUAUAUAUACAGUGGUGCCCCGCAAGACGAAUGCCUCGCAAGACGGAAAAACCGCUAGACGAAAGGGUUUUCUGUUUUGAAGUUGCUUCGCAGGACGAAUUCCCCUAUGGGCUUGCUUCGCAAGACGAAAAUACCUUGCGAGUCUUGAGAUUUUUUUCGCUUUUCCCCCUUUAUCUAAUCUGCUAAGCCUUUAAUAGCCUUUAAUAGCCUUUUAGCAGCUAAUCCCCUAAGCCUUUAAGCCUUUAAUAGCCGCUAAACCGCUAAUAGCGCUAAUAGCGCUAAUCCGUCAAUGGGCUUGCUUCGCAAGACGAAAAAACCGCUAGACGAAGACUCUCACGGAACGGAUUAAUUUCGUCUUGCGAGGCACCACUGUAUAUAUAUAUUAAAGCAAGAAGAUCAAGGGACGAACCUGGAUAGCUCGGUUCUUUAGAGCAUGGGUAGGCAGACUAAGGCCCGGGGCCUGGAUCCUGCCCAAUCGCCUUCUAAAUCAGGCCUGUUGACGGUCCGGGAAUCAGCGUGUUUUUACAUGAGUAGAAUGUGUGCUUUUAUUUAAAAUGCAUCUCUGGGUUAUUUGUGGGGCAUAGGAAUUUGUUCAUUCCCCCCCCCAAAAAAAACCAACAACAGUCCGGCUCUCUACAAGGUCUGAGGGACAGUGGACCGGCCCCCUGCUGGAAAAGUUUGCUGACCCCUGCUUUAGAGCAUGGUUGCAGGUCUGAUCUCAGUAUGGGACUUCACUGUGGGGGGGUUGGAUCCUGAGGAUCUCUCCCAACUCUGCAAUUCUAUGAGUCUUAAGGAUACUGCAGCAACCAGCAUUGGCCCCAGUGACCCAUGGCCCAUGGGUACCCUGGUGCGGACACCAAGCCUGUUUGCCACUGCCCCAUCGCCUGCUGUAAUUGUGGGUGGCUGGGUUGUGGGGCCUUGGGAGUUCAUCCAGAAGGCACAACCCUAGCUGCCCCACUGGCUGCCUCUUCCAAGUCUCAACAACAACAUCCAAAGCGCAUUUCUUAUUCCGAUUCUCUUUGGAACACAGUGGUACCUCUGGUUACGUACUUAAUUUGUUCUGGAGGUCUGUUCUUAACCUGAAACUGUUCUUAACCUGAAGCACCACUUUAGCUAAUGGGGCCUCCCGCUGCCGCCGCCACGUGAUUUCUGUUCUCAUCCUGAAGCAAAGUUCUUAGAGAGCCAGUGUGGUGUAGUGGUUAAGAGCGAUAGACUCGUAAUCUGGGGAACCGGGUUCGGGUCUCCACUCCUCCACAUGCAGCUGCUGGGUGACCUUGGGCUAGUCACAUUUCUCUGAAGUCUCUCAGCCCCACUCACCUCACAGAGUGUUUGUUGUGGGGGAGGAAGGGAAAGGAGAAUGUUAGCCGCUUUGGGACUCCUUCGGGUAGUGAUAAAGCGGGAUAUCAAAUCCAAACCCUUCUUCUUUUUCUUCUCAACCCGAGGUACUAUUUCUGGGUUAGCGGAGUCUGUAAUCUGAAGUGUAUGUAACCUGAAGCGUCUGUAACCCGAGGUACCACUGUAAAUGCAUAGGCUGCCUCCACACCAUAUAUUUAAAGCACAGGAUUCCACCCAAAAUCCUGAAAACUGUACUUUUUUUAUGGGAAUUAUAGUUCAAUGAUGGCAUGAGCUACAGUUCUCAUUAUUCUUUUUUUUGGGGGGGGAGCCAUGUGUUUUAAAUGUGUGUGUGCAGCCUCUGUAUUUGAGAUUCAAAACAUCCUCGGGUGUGGUUUUGCCUCUUUCCGCACAGCAAAGCACUGUCAGGCUGUGCUUUUCUGGGUAAAUAACAGCUGUACAGUGGUGCCCCGCAAGACGAAUGCCUCGCAAGACGGAAAACCUGCUAGACGAAAGGGUUUUCCGUUUUGGAGGUGCUUCGCAAAACGAAUUUCCUAUGGGCUUGCUUCGCAAGAGGAAAAUGUCUUGCGAGUUCCUGCGGGGUUUUUUUCCUUUCCCCCCCCUUUUUCCCAAGCCGCUAAGCCGCUUAUCAGCUGAUCCGCUAAGCCGCUUAACAGCUGAUCGCUAAGUCGCUUAUCAGCUGAUCCGCUAAGGCGCUUAACAGCUGAUCCGCUAAGCCGCUUAACAGCUGAUCGCUAAGCCGCUUAACAGCUGAUCGCUAAGCCGCUUAUCAACUGAUCCGCUAAGCCGCUUAACAGCUGAUCGGCUAAGCCGCUUAACAGCUGAUCGCUAAGCCGCUUAUCAGCUGAUCCGCUAAGCCGCUUAACAGCUGAUCGGCUAAGCCGCUUAACAGCUGAUCUGUUAAGCCACUAAGCCGCUUAUUAGCUGAUCGGCUAAGCCGCUUAUCAGCUGAUCCGUUAAGCCGCUUAACAGCUGAUCGCUAAGCCGCUUAUCAGCUGAUCCGCUAAGCCCGCUAAGCCGCUAAUACUGUAGCGCUAAUCCGCUAAACCGCUAAUGGGCUUGCUUCGCAAGACGAAAAAACCCGCAAGACGAAGAGACUCGCGGAACGGAUUCUUUUCGUCUUGCGAGGCACCACUGUAGUUGCAAAGGUUGGUGACCUCCUCCUCCUGCUGCCCCUUGCAGAUCAGCCUGACAACCCCAGCGAAGAAAACUGUGGGGUGAUACGGACAGAGUCGUCAGGGGAAUGGCAGAACCGUGACUGCAGCAUGGCCUUGCCUUACAUCUGCAAGAAAAAACCCAAUGCCACUUCUAAUAUAUACUUCUUACGUGAGUAAUAUGCAGAAAGCGAUUGGUUUGACGUAUAUAUAUCAUGAUCUGAAAGCCACCUAUCUCAUGCCUGCCUUUCUGCAACCCCAACAACUAUUGGCCGAGCUGUUCUGAUGUCACGGAAUGUCCGUGAAACAUGUGCUGACUGUCUGGAGUAGAAGUGAGUGUCGGGAACGGAAUGCUCCAAAGAGCGCAGCUUCUGUGAGACAAGUGAAAGGGCAGUUUAACUGCGGUCUUUUUUUUCCUGGCUGAAGAUGAACAGGAAGAGUAGGCCUAGGGGAAAGCAUGACUAUAAAGCAGAGAGUAGGCAGAAGAAGCUUUCAGGCAGUGCUGUGGAGAAAAAGACAAAAGCCUGAGGGGAAAAUGAAGGAGGGAGACCUGGUGGAAAACAUCUUGCUGGAUUUAGGGGCAGAAAUACAUGGAGUUGGUUGGAAGGAAGUAGGCAAGCAAUGUCGGUUUGUAGAAAAAGUGCCAGGCAGUCCUAGAGGGUCUAAGUGAGGAGGGAGGGGAAUUUUACACUUUCACCUGCAUUGGCUGCAGGGUCUGCAGUUUGAAGGAUUUUAUUAGCUCUCUGUCAGAUGGAGCCUUUUGGAUUCAUAUAUUUAUUUACUUUAUACGAUUUCUGUCCUGGCCCACCCUGUAAGGCCCCAUACAAUCAAAACUAAAUAAAAGAAGGGAAAGGGUUUACAGUCGUACCUUGGAAGUCAAACGGAAUCCGUUCCAGAAGUCCGUUCGACUUCCUAAACGUUCGGAAACCAAAGCACGACUUCUGAUUGGCUGCAGGAAGCUCCUGCAGCCAAUCGGAAGCCCCGUCGGAUGUUCGGCUUCCAAAGAUAGUUCGCAAACCGGAACAGUCACUUCCGGGUUUGUGGCGUUUGGAAGCCAAAAUGUUUGAGAACUAAGCUGUUCGAAAACCAAGUUACGACUGUGCAUGCAAUGAUAAAAAACAAAUAAAACAGUUCCAAUCAAAACUGGAAGUGAGUCCUUAAAAAAAAACCCCAAUCCAUUAAUUGACAGAGGCCAGAGUUAAAGAGGUGCGUCUUUUCAGCACACGACAGAACCUAGACAAUGAAGAUGCUUGCUAGUUUGUUCGUGGAGGGCAUGUGAAAUUUCUGCUUUCCGGGUUGCGGAUCUUGGGUGUGCGCUCCUAAUUAAAAUAUCGCUCCCACAACUUUCCCCGGAUACUGCUUACUCAAAGCUUUGCUUUUCCUAAUUGCAGUGGAGUCUGAUGUGAAGGUUGACUGUGAUCCGGGCUGGCAGCCUUUCCAGACCAACUGCUACCGCUUGAUCAGUGAAAAGAAGAGUUGGCCAGAUGCCAAAAAAACCUGCUUGCGGAGCGAAGGGGAUCUGGUCAGUAUCCACACCCUCAACGAACUGGAGUUUGUUACCAAGCAAAUCAAGCAAGGUAAGCAAUGCUGUGUCACAUGUGCUCUGUGUGUGUGUUUGCUUGUGUGUAUGUGGAUUAUCCCAUAAAGAAGGCUGAUCGCUGAAGAAUUGAUGCUUUAGAAUUAUGGUGCUGGAGGAGACUCUUGAGAGUCCCAUGGACUGCAAGAAGAUCAAACCUCUCCAUUCUGAAGGAAAUCAGCCCUGAGUGCUCACUGGAAGGACAGAUCCUGAAGCUGAGGCUCCAAGACUUUGGCCACCUCAUGAGAAGAGAAGACUCCCUGGAAAAGACCCAACGUUGGGAAAGAUGGAGGGCACAAGGAGAAGGGGACGACAGAGGACAAGAUGGUUGGACAGUGCUCUCGAAGCUACCAGCAUGAGUUUGACCAAACUGCGGGAGGCAGUGGAAGACAGGAGUGCCUGGCGUGCUCUGGCCCAUGGGGUCACGAAGAGUCGGACACGACUAAACAACAGCAACAACAACAUGUGGCUUAUCUCUGAUUUAACUUUUUUUAAUGUGAGCAAAAGCUUAUUUGAAUAUCGAGCAGUGACUCUGCUGUAGAACCAGAGUUGCUCCUUUUAUAUCUGCACACACUUCCAAAAUGAAUCAAGCCUAGGAUCAGCUGAUUCUCUCUAUUUCCAGGAGAAGCUGGCUGUGCAGAAUGCUGAUUGGCUGGCUCUUGUGACAAUCACAAAGCUGCCUCCCUCCCAUCUCGCCAUCCAGAUGUUUUGGGGACAAUCUUGAAGCUAUUCACCUCGAGCACAGGGUGUUAAAAAGGGAGUCUUUUAGAAAAUCUGGAUUUUUAUUUUUUUUUAAGCACUGAAUAAAUGUUUAAUGGAUAAACAUGCCGCGGGGUCUGGAAAAAUCAUUUUGAAAUGUCACAGUCUGGAAGAGCAAAAUCGAGGAGAGUGAAGGUUAUGGGGAGGAGCUACAGCAGGGAAAUGCUCCCCUACUUCUGUAGGGAGCUAUUUCUGCCUCUUCCUCAAGUUUCUAGUCUUCAUGAGGAUCAUGUGUUUUGCUAAAUGCUCACAAACCAGAGGGAACUGGUUGGGAAAAGCUGGUUGGGAGCUACACGGCCAGGGAAAAAACAAUGCUAUCCAGGGUUGUAAAGACUGCAGAGAGAAUAAUUGGGUGCACUCUUCCCACUUUAGACCAAAUCUAUGCUGUCAUGUGCCAUAAGAAAGCGGCAGAGAUAGCACAGGAUAGUACGCACCCCAGAAAUGAUCUCUUUCAGCUUCUGCCUUCUGGAAGAAGGUAUAGGGUUAUAAAGGCCAAGACUAGCCGCCUGAGAAACAGUUUCUACGCAAAUGCAAUUCUGGUUCUAAAUGCAGCAUAAGGGGUCUCUGUAGUAUAGUGUAUUUUAAAAUGGGGUUUUAAAGUUUUUAGGGGUUUUUGAAUGUUUUAUGUAGUUUUUAUGUAGUUUUAUGUAGGUUUGUGGUAGUUUUAUGUAGUUUUAUGUAGUUUUCAAUUUCAUUGUUCUGCAAGGGACAAUGACAAUAAAGAUAUUGUAUCGUAUCGCCUGGGUGUAUUGUGUGGGCAGUAACUGGCAGGUGAAGAAGAUUUUUUUUUCUUCAUUUAGUAGAAGUCCCCCCUUUCCCUGCUUGUUUUGGCAGAUGUCGAAGAGCUCUGGAUUGGCCUGAACGAUCUCAAGCGGCAGAUGAGCUUUGAGUGGUCAGACGGCACGCCAGUGCAGUUCACAUUCUGGCACCCCUUUGAGCCCAACAAUUUCCGAGACAGCCUGGAGGACUGCGUGACGAUCUGGGGACCGGUACGUAUAAGAGCUGGAAGGGUACCCAUCACGAGAAGGCGACAUAGCUCCGAGCAUACAGGAUUGAACCCUCUUCAUAUCUGUCGUGCAACACUUAGGAAUGCAAGCUUCCAUGAAUUGGAGGUUGCAAUUGAUUGGCGAAAAUUAUAUUUGUAAAUAUGGCUCCUGGGCAAACCUGAGCUGACAGUUAGCAAAGUUGUUGGAAUUCAGAGCCUUAAAGAACAGGCAGUUUUGCGGGCCGUCAUGCAACUGAGUCAGCUCCUUCAUCCUUUCAGUAGAUUGGAUGGAAAAAGAAACUUAGUGAUGACUCCCCUUUCCCACUUGGCCGCAAAGCAAGUGUGUAAUGCAAAUGGUUUUUCUUCAGUAAGAGCCCGUGGACAACUAAAUUGGGUAGUAGUGUCCAGGUGAAACCCCAGUCAAGUGAGAAUCUCAGGCCCAGAGGCUUAAUUUGGCCCCAGGCUCCUCUCUGGCCCUUAGGACUGUCCUCAGGCCACACCCCCUCUUCCCAGGCCACAGCCCUCAGUGGUCCUGGAAUUAACUCUGAGCAUGUUCCUUGCUGGAGGAUGGAGAGGGAUGAAUGAAUGUGAAUAAACUAGUCUACAGUACUGUGCAAAGGUAAAAUCCACAUAUGUUGUGCUGCCCGCGUUCCUUUCUGGGUAACCACCUAGCCAUUGCACAUGGUCCAGAAAGGAAUAUGGCUCUCGGGUCGAAUAAUACUACUACUAAUAAUAGCAAUAAUUUAUUACUUAUACCCCGCCCAUCUGGCUGGCUUUCCCCAUUCGUAUCCUACAGUAAUGAUUAGUAAAGGUAAGGUACGCAGGUGGUCUAAACCACUGAGCCUCUUGGGCUUGCCGAUUGGAAGGUCGGCGGUUCGAAUCCCCGUGAUUGGGUGAGCUGCCGUUGCUCUGUCCCAGCUCCUGCCAACCUAGCAGUUCGAAAGCACGCCAGUGCAAGUAGAUAAAUAGGUACCACUGCAGCGGGAAGGUAAACGGCAUUUCCGUGCGCUCUGGUUUCCGUCACGGUGUCCUGUUGCGCCAGAAGCGGUUUAGUCAUGCUGGCCACAUGACCCAGAAAGCUGUCUGUGGACAAACGCUGGCUCCCUUGACCUGAAAGUGAGAUGAGCGCCGCAACCCCAUAGUCGCCUUUGAUGGGACUUUACCGUCCAGGGGUCCUUUACCUUUUUUUUUUAAUUUUUUUUUAUUACGGUAAUGAUAAUCUUGAACAUACAUUUAUUUUCUUACAGAGUCCCCCCCCCCCCCACCCCGCCACUGUACCUGGGAAUAACUUUUGCUGCAAUUCCGAUUAAGUAAAACAAGGGUAGGGAAUGGUCCUCGGGACUGAUCAGUGGAAAGUGAGGAUGUGUAGGAGAAAAUUAGAUUGAAAUGGAGUAGUAGGCAAGAUGGAGUAUCGCUGCAGAAGGGCACAGAGACAAAUAGCCUGUUUUUAGGGGGUGGAGGUGGGGGAAAUCAAAGGCUUCUAACCUAUGCAGAAUUCUUCCGAUAAGGCAAGGCUGGGAAAGCUUUGUCCCUCCAGAUGUUGUUGGAUUCCAACUCCCAUCAGCUCCACCCAGCAUGAUCAGUGGUCAAGCAUGAUGGUAAUUGUAGUUUAGCAGUAUCCAGAAGGCCGCAGGUUCUCCUCCCUGCGAUAAAGGACUGUAUUGGUCCUGAGGUUUUUGUUUGUGUGUUUGUUUUUUAAAUGCAGUGGUACCUCGGGAUGCGAACGGGAUCUGUUCCGGAGCCCCAUUUGCAUUCUGAACGGAACGUAAGACACGAUGGCACGUGUGCACGGGUUGCGUUUUGCCGUUUCCACACAUGCGCAUGACGUCAUUUUGAGCGUCUGCGCGAGCGGCGAAACCCGGAAGUAACGCGCUCCGUUACUUCCGGGUUGCCUUGGAGCGCAACCCGAAAGCGCUCAACCUAAAGCACAUUCAACCCGAGGUAUGACUGUAGAAUUAAAUUUCAUCAGUGCAUCCUUCAAUGGACUUAUUUAUUUCCUGUGCUCAUUUUAGGAGCUCUCUUUUGCUGGACCAAGGUGAGAUUAUGGCAGAACAAACUGAAAGUAAUUCUAGUGCUCCGAAAAGAACAUGUGGGUGGUGUCCCCACAGUUGCAUAAUAAUUUAAAUAAUUUGAGUCCAGCAAGAUCCGACGGGCACUAGGUUGGAGAAGGGAUGGACUGGGCAUACGCCGUAGGGCGGAAGGCUUACAUUUUUGGGUUACGUGUUUUGAAGCUGCUGCCUUCUGUGAGGAAUUCUUUUCCUUGAGCUGGGACUUCUCUGCCUCUCUCUGUCCAGGAAGGGAGGUGGAACGAUAGCCCUUGCAACCUGACGUUGCCUUCCGUGUGCAAGAAGCGUGGCCGCGUGAGCCAGGGGAGAGAGGAGGAGGACCACGGCUGCAGAAAGGUAAAGAGAUCAAUGGUGGCGUUGCAAUCAAAGGUGACAGGGCGGAAGGCCGCAGGAAGGGGAGAAGGGGAGGUUGGGAGUUGCGGUCCAAAGGCUGCCUCUUGGGGAACAGGCCUCUACAGGCUGACAUAUGAGCACUUCUGGAGAGGAGAAGGAUGAGGCCCAAGGCCUGCCCUGCCCAAAUCAUGUGAGGUUUCUGACUCAUGAGCGACUGACGAGGAGAAGUCUCUGUGUUUUCAAAUGCUGCUUUGGAAAUAAUAAUAAUAAUAAUAAUAAUAAUAAUAAUAAUAAUAAAUUUUAUUUGUAUCCCGCUCUCCCCAGCCAAAGCCAGGCUCAGACCGGCUAACAUCAUAUAAAUAAGACAAUAUGCACAAUACAAUAUACAAUAUGCAAAUAAAAUAACAUUCAACAUUCAUUAAAACAACAUAGAAUAAUAUUAAAUAUCAGCAUUUCAAAAUUAAACAGAAAUCCACUCAACAGUUACAAUAAGUAAUUUCUAAACACUCAUUUGGAGCAGAGCAGUGAACAAAUAAGAAACCAGAAGUUCGUAAACCCUUUCUAAAAUAAAAGCAAGAUGUGUGUCCUGUACUCUGUUUAAACUAAGCUAUUGCCCUUUGAGAGAGACAUUGUACCAGCUGCAUGUUGUCUGUCCAGAUGUGUGCUGUCCAGAUAGACUUCCUUUUUCCGCUGCAGCUCAGCUGUCCAAGUUAGAUCUCCUUUCCAGCUGGCCAGGGCCGGAAUGUGCUCGCCAUUCUCACUCUGCAACAAUAGCGCAAGCUGGAAAUGGGGACAUGACACGUUUCUGUAUUAACUGCUUUUACCUAAGGGAAUUCUGGCAUUGUCAAGGGCCCUGUGGCACCAGCUGGGACGGGGCAGGAAUGUUUGUCUGUGUCAGAGAGGGGUCCCAAGGUGUGAGUGGUGGGGGGGUAUGAAGUUCAAGCCGCAACUUAGUCCUGCCGUGGGUCACAGAAGGGGAGGCAGAGCUGGCAGGGCUAGUUCAGGAAGGGGGUCCGGUCGCCAUCCGUGUCGUGCAAACUCAGCCCCACACUCCGGUGUGCACACUUUUAAGCCCAGCCUUCCCGUUUGUGACGAGUGCCUUGCAAUUGACGGCUGCACCCUGCUCUUUAAAAGUAGAGGUAUUUUGUUAUGCCAAGCCAUGUAUCAUGCUUCAAACCGCGCAUCCUGUACUUUGAGCUGAAGAAGAAGAAGAGUUUGGAUAUCCCGCUUUAUCACUACCCUAAGGAGUCUCAAAGGGACGCAGGUGAGUUAAAUCACAGAGCCUAGGACUUGCCGAUCAAAGGUCGGCGGUUCGAAUCCCCGCAACGGGGUGAGCUCCCGUUGCUCGGUCCCUGCUCCUGCCAACCUAGCAGUUCGAAAGCACGUCAAAGUGCAAGUAGAUACAGUGGUGCCCCGCAAGACGAAUGCCUCGCAAGACGGAAAAACCGCUAGACGAAAGGGUUUUCCGUUUUGGAGUUGCUUCGCAGGACGAAUUCCCCUAUGGGCUUGCUUCGCAAGACGAAAAUACCUUGCGAGUCUUGAGAUUUUGGUUUCGCUUUCCCCCCCCCGUGGUCUAAUCUGCUAAGCCUUUAAUAGCCUUUAAUAGCCUUUUAGCAGCUAAUCCCCUAAGCCUUUAAGCCUUUAAUAGCCGCUAAACCGCUAAUAGCGCUAAUAGCGCUAAUCCGUCAAUGGGCUUGCUUCGCAAGACGAAAAAACCGCUAGACGAAGACUCUCGCGGAACGGAUUAAUUUCGUCUUGCGAGGCACCACUGUAAAUAGGUACCGCUCUGGCGGGAAGGUAAAUGGCAUUUCCGUGCGCUGCUCUGGUUCGCCAGAAGCGGCUUAGUCAUGCUGGCCACGUGACUCGGAAGCUGUACGCAGGCUCCCUUGGCCAAUAAAGCGAGAUGAGCGCCGCAACCCCAGAGUCAGCCACGACUGGACCUAAUGGUCAGGGGUCCCUUUACCUUUACCUUAAGGAGUCUCAAAGCGGCUCACAAUCUCCUUUCCCUUCCUCCCCCACAUCAAACACUCUGUGUGGUGAGUGAGGCGGAGAGACUUCAGAGAAGUGUGACUAGCCCAAGGUCACCCAGCAGCUGCAUGUGCAGAAGCAGGGAAUCAAACCCAGUUCACCAGAUUAUGAGUCCACUGCUCUUAACCACUACACCACGAGACUGUGUGCAGAUUUUAUCGAUAAAGCUUUCGGACUUUCCCCGAGCUGAGAGUCCCCAAGGCUUUCGUCCGAAGGCGGGAGCCGCAAGGAGAGACACGAGAAAUCUGUAAGAUUCCUUAGAAUACUGUUUUUGAAUUGAAUUGAUGUUUGGGUGUGGAGGAGGAUGACAGAGAAGAGAAGUGGCUGAAGCUUACGAGCAUUGGUUUGUUUGUUUAUAUGCUUGUUUAAAUGCUCCCUUUUAAGUAAGCCCACUGUUUAGCUCUGAGGGAUGAGGGUAAAAGAUUGGCCUGCUAAAAGUUGAACCCAACUUCUUAUAAACAUUAACUGGCAACCUUUGCCUUUGGACAGCUGGUCCCUUGACUUCACAGAUAUGGGCAGGAAGGAAAGCCGCAUCAUUCCUCAAAAGUUGUGGUGGGAGCUCUGAAUUGCUCUCUAGGAUCAGAAUGUAUUGGGGUUGUCUGCACCUUUGAAAACCACCAUGUCACUAGUUGCAGUAGACACUGGGCUGGUUUCUGGGUCAUCUAGCAGAUGCCUCUAAGUUUCCCUUUAGAUGUUUCCUUCGUUUGUGGUCAUCUAGCUUUUGCUCGGUUCUUUUCCAUUGUGUUUGCUACCAUCCCGUUCUGCUUUAAGGAAAGUUUUGUGUGUCUUUUUAAGAGUCCGAAUGGUGCCCUCCAGAUGUGGUCGUGCCAGCUGGAGCUGAUGGAAGUUGUAGUCCAGCAACAUUGGGUGCUUUAGUUGCAAUUCCUGCAUUAAUGUAUUUUUAAUCUUCGUUGGAAGCCACCCAGAGUGGCUGGGGAGACCCAGCCAGAUGGGCGGGGUACAAAUAAUAAAUUGUUAUUAUUGUUAUUAUUAUUGCAAGGACUAGAUGACUCCUCAGGGAUCCCUUCCAACUCUUAAGAAUCUAACAUCUGGAGGGCACCAAGUUGGCAAAGGCUGAUAAAUACCAGCCAAAGGUGGUUCUUUGAAAGGAGAGUCAUCUGGACUGCUUUGAGUAGCCCAGCUGCCAUGUGGGCCAUGCCGUGUGUGUGUGUGUGUGUGUGUGUGUGUGUGUGUGUCUUAGCAUUGCUUGGACUCCAUGCAGAAGAAAACCCCACCUCUUGCUUCCUGGUUUGCGGUACCUCUCUCCCUUCCCGACCCAAAUCCUUCUCCCUUCUCCAAAACACAUUUUCCCCCCAGCUCUCAAGCCUCAGGACAAGGAACUAUUCUUGAAUAAUAAUACUUCUUCUAAGUCACGAACAUAGCUGAGUCUGUACACAAGUGCUUUUCGCCCCUUUGCCUAGAUCUGCAAAGCUACAGAAGCAGCAAAAAGUCGUGUGCCCACAUGAGAGCCCAGAUGUGAGGCAUGGAUUGCUGGGGUUCUGGGUGCCAUGUUCCCAUGCCCUGCAGACUUGUAUACGCCUUGUGUUUUAUGAAUAUAUUUAGCCUCUUGAACCCCAAAGGAAAAGGAUCUGGCUGUAGAAGAAAACAUUCACCAAAUACAAAGGGGGACAGCUGCUUAGACAGAGAUGCUUCGCGAUUUUGUUUUUCUGCCGCUCACCUAGGCAGUCUGCUGCAGCAGAAUUCCCUUCUUCUCAAGCAGUUUUAUUACAAAGCUUGAAACGUUCUCUUUGACGAUAAAGAGUUUCCUUGAAAUGUGUCUGGAACCGUAGCUGUCAGUGCAGCCGUCUUUUCCGUUCCCCUUCAUUGUUUCUGCUGCAUGCUGAAGGUGUGCAGCUCUUUCCUAUGCCUUCUGACACUUUACGUCGAUAUACAGUGGUGCCCCGCAAGACGAAUGCCUCGCAAGACGGAAAACCCGCUAGACGAAAGGGUUUUCCGUUUUGGAGGUGCUUCGCAAAACGAAUUUCCUAUGGGCUUGCUUUGCAAGACGAAAAUGUCUUGCGAGUUCCUGCGGGGUUUUUUUCCUCCCCCCCCCUUUUUCCCAAGCCGCUAAGCCGCUUAUCAGCUGAUGGCUAAGCCGCUUAACAGCUGAUCCGCUAAGCCGCUUAACAGCUGAUCCGUUAAGCCACUAAGCUGCUUAUCAGCUGAUCCGCUAAACCGCUUAUCAGCUGAUCCGCUAAGCCCGCUAAUCCGCUAAUAGCGCUAAUCCGCUAAACCGCUAAUGGGCUUGCUUCGCAAGACGAAAAAACCGCAAGACGAAGAGACUCGCGGAACGGAUUCUUUUCGUCUUGCGAGGCACCACUGUAGAUAUAUUUAGGAGGCAUCCUGUUCCUUUGAUUUGCAUUUGCUUCAAACCAAUUUGCACGUUGCACUUUAAACCACUGCUUCUCCAACUACCUGAUGUGGUGGAUUGGCAAGCCCUGCUCCAUUGCGCCAAGGGACCGCAUUUGGUCCCUGAGCCAUUCUACCCAACCUGGGCUGCGGUCAACCAACGGCUCAUGGACUGGCACCCGUCCGCAGGCCAACACUUUUGAGUAGCUCUUUUUAAAAUUGCCGGGACCUUAUGGUGAAGACCAGGCAAGAAACUUGAGUAAAACAAGUACUCAAGUAGGUUAACCUUAUUCCCAUUUUACAGAUUAGGGAAAAUGAGCCUGAAAGUGAUUGAUUCCCCUAAGGCCACUUGGGGGCCAACCAGAGAUAUGACAAGAGUAAAAAAAGAAAAAGCGCAAGCUACUGGAUAAUAAUUUAUUACUUAUACCCCGCCCAACUGGCUGGGUUUCCCCAGCCACUCCGGGCGGCUUCCAACAAGAGAUUAAAAAUACAUUAAAACAUCAGUCAUUAAAAACUUCCCUAAACAGGGCUGCCUUCAGAUGUCUUCUGAACAUCAGAUAGUUGUUUAUCUCUUUGACAUCUGAUGGGAGGGCGUUCUACAGGGCAGGUGACACUACCGAGAAGGCCCUCUGCCUGGUUCCCUGUAACUACAUCUCGCAGUGAGGGAACUGCCAGAAGGCUCUCAGAGCUGGAUCUCAGUGUCUGGGCAGAACGAUGGGGGUGGAGACACUUCUUCAGGUAUACUGGGCUGAGGUCGUUUAGGGCUUUAAAGGUCAGCACCAACCCUUUGAAUUGCGCUCAGAAACGUAUUGGGAACCAAUGUAGAUCUUUCAAGACCGGUGUUAUGUGGCCUCGACGGCCGCUCCCAGUCACCAGUCUAGCUGCCGCAUUCUGGACUAGUAGUAGUUUCCGGGUCACCCUCAAUGCUAGCCCCAUGUAGAGCCCCUUGCAGUAGUCCAAGCAGGAGAUAACUUCUGGACUUCUCUUUUCCUCGUCUCCCUUCUUUCCCUCCCCAUUGUCAACAUUCCAGAUGUUUCCUCCAGCUGUCAGAGGCUCCCGAUCUGGUUGCUGGCCCACAGAGCUCAGCAAAAGCUCCAGCACUCCCUAUCUUUUGUCCUAAAGCAACCAAGAUGGUGUUUUUGGCAAGAGGUGAGCCCAUCUGUCUGGCGGAUGCAUUCCUCGCAGGCAGCAUUGCGAACUUGGAUGAAGGCUGGCGUCCAGCAGGUCCCUUCCUCCUCCCUCUCUCCUUCCCAGAUAUCCCUGUUCUUUUCCAGCAUGACUUUUUAAAAAAGCAACAACAUGCUGACAUUUCCUUGGUUCUGUAUUCUCCCAAAUGGUUUCCUUCGUAACUAGGAGGACCCAGCCAUAGGCCAUUUAUGGUAACAGCAGAGCUCAGAAGACCAGCUCCUAACCCUCCAUUAAGUACUGUAUUUUUUGCUCUAUAAGACUCACUUUUUCCCUUCUAAAAAGUAAGGGGAAAUGUGUGUGCGUCUUAUGGAGUGAAUGCAGGCUGCGCAGCUAUCCCAGAAGCCAGAACAGCAAGAGGCAUCGCUGCUUUCGCUGCGCAGCGAUCCCUCUUGUUGUUCUGGCUUCUGAGAUUCAGAAUAUUUCUUUUCUUGUUUUCCUCCUCCAAAAACUAGGUGCGUCUUAUAGAGCGAAAAUACGGUAGUUUCCUUUCUAAAUCUGCAUCCAGUUGUUGAAUAUAUGAGCAGCAGUUCUCCGCUGGAGUAAGAUGCUUUGGAAGUUGUGGAAUCUCUUCCUUCAAAGAGCAUCAAGAAACGAUUGGAAGCUUCAACAGAAAAGUCUUUGCAAGGAAGAGAAUUCUCUUGUUGCGCACAUUUCGGCCUCCAUCUUUCUUUCCUCCCUCCCUCUUAUCAUUAUGGGUUGAGAAAUGGUCCAUAAAGGUGAAGCAGAAGAGUGUGCAAGGGAGAGAAUCUUUCUCUGAACAAGAAGAGGGAGAUGGUUCUCAUUCUUGGGGUGCAGAAUCAGCCCAGGGAAGCUGUUAGGAUAUCUGUCCUGAGAUUGGGGAUAGCUGAUGUUGUGCCCUCUAGAUGUUGUUGGACUACAACUCCCAUUAUCUCCGGCCAUUGGCCAUGCUGGCUGGGGAUGAUGGGAGCUGGAGUCUUUCCUGGGGAUAUCAUAGCCUGUUGUUUUUCAGCUGUGGUACUCGUAUCACCCGAUGCGCUGGGAAGCAUCGCUGGCUGAAAAAUCCUUGGGGUUGGGUGAUCCACUGCGUCAGGGAACUGCCGUCAGCUCAGAGGCGAGAGGUGGAAGGGCAGUUGUGUUACAGGGAGCCUCCGAAGAUCUUGCGAAGCAGUUCCUCCUCCGGCGAGGAGGGAAGACCCGCCUCCAGUGGGGAAGGGGCACAGGGAUCAGAAGAUGCAAGGGAGAGCCUCAACAGCGAGCCUGUGCAAAGCGGAGGGGUGGCAAGUCCCCCUUUGCGCAGUAGGUUUGCGCGCAGAGAGGGGAGGAGAAGGGUGGGGGACACACGACUGUUAUGCUGGGGAAGGUAUAAGGACCGCCCACUCCCAGAUUCUGCUAGCGACUGAGCAUACAUGGACUUGUGACGCUCUGCACUGUAAAUGGUUUGUGCAGAUUAAUAAAGCCUGGAAAAGACAGGUCGGAGUCUUGCCUGUUUGCUCUCGAACAACCACACCAGCACCUGACACACUGGGUCCCUUGUGAGUGGAUAGGUCUGUGCGUGGUCCAGAUGUCUCCCUAGCUAAGGUGUCCUAACUGAGUUAAGUUGUGGGCGAACAUAUCCGACGACACAGCGAUUCUUCCAAAGCAGCUCUUUAUUUGUAAGCUGGAACAGAACUGAACUGAGGAGCUCAGUCAGCCUGCUUAUAUAGAGCUCCACUAAAAUGCAACAGUAACCAUUUUCUGUAACUAGCCAAUCACUGAACGUCACUUUUGAUCCUUCAUUUGCAUACAAACUAUCUACAGUACAGUGGUACCUCGCAGGACGAAUGCCUCGCAAGAUGAAAAACUCGCAAGACGAAAGAGUUUUUCGUUUUUUGAGUUGCUUCGCAAGACGAAUUUCCCUAUGGGCUUGCUUCGCAAGACGAAAACGUCUUGCAAGUUUGUUUCCUUUUUCUUAAAACCGUUAAUACCUGUUAAAACUGUGCUUCGCAAGACGAAAAAUUCGCAAGACGAAAAAACUCGCAGAACGAAUUAAUUUCGUCUUGCGAGGCACCACUGUAUCCCCCUGCUGGCCCAGGGUGAGAACUUCAGUACAUAACAGCUCUCCUGUUUCUUUUCUUCUUGCCCUGGGUCUUCUUCCUUGCUCAUUUGAUCCCUUCUCCUUUUAGCCCUCCUCCUUCGCUCUUGUGGCCUGCUUGCUGCCUCCUUUCAAAGGCUUCUCCCACGUUGCAUGUUGAUAGUGGCGAGCCCUGUGGUUGCCUUCAAAAGGAGCUUUUUCAGACCUCUGAACGAUUCCCCCUCCAUCUGCCUGACCAAUUUGAGCUGCCUAUUGUGCUCCCAGCUUAGGAGAGGCUCCAACAUCAACAAACCAGAGCUAUGAAAGCACUCUGCGGUGGGGUUUGAACUUCUUCCCUUUUUCCUUUUUUCUCUUGCCGAAGGAAGAGAGUUCGCUUCCCCUUCUUAGACUCUUCUGGGCAUUGGUAGCUUGGGUUAGGGUGUGGGGAUUUCAAGCGGCUUUGAUGUGUUUUCCUUCUUCCUUUCUAAACUCUGCAACGUCUUCUCCUUGUGCUGUGACCUUGAAAACUAAGCCAGAGCCAGCCUAGGUGGAGAGGGCAGAAACCAAUAAUGGAGACCCCACCACCCAUGACCCACAGGCCAAGUCCACACAAGUAGUCCAUAGCUGUCAAGCGUCCCUUAUUUGGCGGGACAGUCCCUUAUCCCAGCGCCAUGUCCUGCUGCUGUCCCUUAUUGAUGAUGUCCCUUAAAUAAGCUAAUGAAGGUAAUGGGGACCUCUCUAUGUCCAGCUGUGCUUUGUCAACAACAAAUUGUUGCUGUUUUUUUGUGUUGAAUAUAUGCUAUAUGGUAAUUUAUGGACCUAAUAGGUAUCUAAAGCCAUUUGCACGCAGCAAAAUAUGUAUUUUAUCCAAGUAAUUGUUGAUCCCUUAUUUUGGCUGCUGAUCCCUUAUUUUCGAGGCUGCUGGUCCCUUAUUUUCAAAUCUGUAAGCUGACAGCUAUGCAAGUAGUCACUUCCUUUCUUUCCCGUAAAAAGGAUGCUGCAGAAAUUCAGAGGGUUGCAUCCAGUGCUGAUUCUGCUCCAAGAAGUCCCAUUGAAGUUAAGGGACAUGCCUAACUUGCACCCAUUAAAUUCAGUGCGUCUACUUUGGGUGGGAUGGGAAGGGACUGUGAAGCCAGAGGGCCCAUUUCUCAGAAAGUGCAUCCUGCAUGCCAGUCAGGGAUGGGAGAGGAAUUUGCUGUCUUGGUUGCCCUUCUUCCACAUUUGUUUGUUUGUUUAUAAUAAUAAUAAUUUAUUACUUAUACCCCGCCCAUCUGGCUGGCUUUCCCCUGCCAGUCUGGGUGGCUUUCAACCAAAUAUUAAAAACACAAUACAGCAUUAAACAUUAAAAAAACUUCCCUAAACAGGGCUGCCUUCAUAUUUCUUCUAAAAGUAAAAUGGUUGCUUAUUGCCUUGACAUCUGUUGGGAGGGUGUUCCACAGGGCGGGUGCCACUACCAAGAAGGCCCUCCACCUGCUUCCCUGUAAUCUCACUUCUCGCCGUGAGGGAAUCGCCAGAAGGCCCUCAGGGCUGAACCUCAGUGUUUGUUUGUUUGUUUGUUUGCCACCCUUCAUCAAAAGAUCUCAGGGCGGUUCACAAAGAUAAAAAACAAGUAAAUAAUUAAACCAAAACAACAAAAACGAUAACCCCCACCUUCCCACAGAAACAUUUAAAAGGCCGUAGACUAUUAAUCAGUCAAAGGCCUGGUUGAAAAAUAUAAAGUGAAGGCACCAGGCAAACCUCCCUGGGGGAAAGCAUUGCACAAAUGAGGAGCCACUACAGAAAAGGCCUGCUCUAGUUAUUUUAUUUAUUUGCUAAAUUUAUAUUCAGUGUUGAGGAUUUUAUUCUCUCUUGUGAUGCCCUGGUGCUUAGUUUUAAUCAUGAACAGUUUCUUAUUUCCACUAUGUUGGGGUUCUUUGCUUUCAUUGUUGGUUGUGCUUUUAUUGCUGUAGUUUUUAUCCUGCGUUGUAAGAUGCUCCAGUUUCUGUUUUGAAAAGAGUGGGGUGUGUGUGUGUGUAUUAUUAUUUUUUUACAGUAAGCGGUCAACGUGCUUAGGACUGCAGCCAAAGGUGCUUUUGAUACACGGUGUGUCUAUUUGAUAUUUUCUCUUGGGAUGGUAAAAUAAACAGUGAUUUUAACAAAUGCCUGCCCUCCUUAGUUGGGAGCUUAGGUUUGCAUACUUGGUAGUUGUGGUCUCUUAAUUAAACUGCGUUGAAUUUCAUCUCCACCACCACAAGCAUGCAGCCACCAUUAGCAAUGUGCUGAGCUAAGCUUGAAUGGAUAAUACUUCUUUCUCCUUUAAAAAGCAGUCAUUGGGAUGGGCUGCCAAAAGCUGCCCCACACUCAGCUUGCAGCAGCAGAUGGCAAGUGGCUUGCCUUGCUAAGCCUUGAUGGUGGGCUUAACAAAGUACUGUUUCGAACACGGGUUCAAAUGAUCAUGUGGAUGACUCAAAGCAACGAGGGAACAGAAAUACAGUCUGAAAUGUACUCGGAGUCGAGAGUGGAUUCCAUGCUCUUUAUUCAGCUCAUAGUGGUGAGGAGGAAUGAAAGUUCCCCCCAAAUAUCUGCUUUAUAUAUAUUAUUUACACAAUGGGCUGCACGUGAUUGGCUAAUUCCGGUAUUCUCCUGUAGGCCAAUCAGGUUGUGGAUUCACUUCCAUCUGGAGCUGGAUUGGGUGGCUCCUGCGGACCAAUCAUACUGCUGCAUUGUUCUAGGACCAAUCAGACUGCUGCAUUCUGAAUCCUAUUGUUCUAGGACCAAUCAGACUGCUGCAUUUUGGAUCCUAUUCAACUCAGUACAUAACACAGUCGUACCUUGGAAGUUGAACGGAGUCCAUUCCAGAAGUCCGUUUGACUUCCAAAACGUUCGGAAAGCAAAGCACAGCUUCUGAUUGGAUGCAGGAAGCUCCUGCAGCCAAUUGGAAGCCCCGUCGGAUGUUCAGGUUCCAAAAAAUGUUCGCAAAGCGGCAGUCACUUCUGGGUUUGCGGCGCUUGGGAACCAAAACGUUCACGAACUAAGCUGUUCAAAAACCAAGGUACGCCUGUACAUAGAAAGUGUGUGACUCCUUUCCAAUUUGCAAUGUCGACUCAUCAUUCAGGGACAAUGUUGGUUUGAUAAGUUUGUUCAAUGAAGCCAUGUCAUAAGUAAGGUGGGAUGGAAUGCCCAAAUCAUUCUCAUUUUCACAUAUGAUCUUUCAUAUUUUGGGUCUGUCCCAAUUCUACAUCAAUCUGUGAGUUUACUUUUUUAUAUAGAAAAAUCCAUAUGAAAAUCAUAUUUAAAUAAACUUUUUUUUUUAGCAUUUAUGCAUUUCUAAACGUAUUUUUAGGCCGCCCUAUGAAUUUUUCAUCAUAUUUUUGGAAUGGCUUUUGAGCUGAGAGCAACAUAGCAAAAUCUGGAGGUGUAUGAAAUAUGAAGAGUAAUUAAAUUUUGAUUUGCACAUCAGUCUGGGAAGUAGGAUCAGGCCAGGGUGUGUUGGAAUUCGCAAUACCUUGAAGACUCUCAACACUGCAGUCUUGACUUAAUGGCAGCUUUCCCUUGGUGGAGAUCAGGUUAUCUUCAGAGGCGAACCAUCAAGCAAUUUGACAUAUGCGUCCUCCUGGAAUAAUGGAUCAUGUGAAUGAACGAAGACUGGAAAUACAAUUAAUCCGGCCGAGGACAGAAUUCUCUCUAGUUUCAUCUAAAUUUGGGGGAAAUAUUGAAUGACAUUUGCUGCUGACUUUUCUUCUACAGCAUCACCAUUAUACAGUGGUACCUCGGGUUAAGUACUUAAUUCGUUCCGGAGGUCCGUACUUAACCUGAAACUGUUCUUAACCUGAAGCACCACUUUAGCUAAUGGGGCCUCCUGCUGCUGCCGCACUGCCGGAGCACAAUUUCUGUUCUCAUCCUGAAGCAAAGUUCUUAACCCGAGGUACUAUUUCUGGGUUAGCGGAGUCUGUAACCUGAAGCGUAUGUAACCUGAGGUACCACUGUAUACUAAAAAUGUUCACAACAGCAAGAGAGUUUGUUAUUUUAUUUUCCAGAAUGGGAGGAUGGUAAGUUUUCUCUCUUUUUCGGCACUUAGCAGAGCACUGGGAAGGAGUGACAAAAAAUGGAAACGCCCCGUAGGGUCCACAAUGAAAGCUGUUGUGGGUGUUUUGAAGCGUAUUGGCCACUGCCAUUUUAACCCCGGCCUCCCUGAUAUUGCCUAAUGUUGAUUUCCCGGCCUGAUAGUAUUGUACAGCCUAAAGUCUCUUGUUGGAUCAAGCUAUAACCACCUAACAAAGCAAAGUAACACUUUGGUCAGAUUAAAAGUAAUAGAAAUUGACUUACUCUUUGCAAUUCUUUUUUUUAUUUUAUUUUUUAUUAUUAUGCUUUUCAGAUUUAUACAUUUCACUAAUUUCACAGUCAUUUAAACAUUUCAGAACUUGACUUCCUUCCCCCUCUCUCUGCGGUUCCUUCAAUUUAUUUUUACUAUCUUCUGCAUAUCCAAAUUAACUUAAUUUGCUCAUUUAUCCAUCUACUUUAAAUAUAUACUCUUAUAAAACUGCAGGUUAUUGCAGUAAUCCUGACAAUGUUCUUAUCUGCUUACAAUUUAUCCGUAAAUAUUCAAUAAACCAUUUCCAUUCUUUUAUAAAAAGUUUGUUAUCUUGAUUUCUUAUUCUCCCGAUAAGUUUUGCGAUUUCUGCAUAUUCCGUAAGUUUUUGUAUCCAUUCUUCCUUUGCUUGGAUUUCUUCUGCUUCUUUCUAUUUUGGGGCAAGUAACAUUCUUGCCGCUGUAGUCGCAUACAUGAAUAAGUUUCUAUACAGUUUAGGUAUUUCUGCCCCUAUAAUUCCCAAAAGAAAAGCUUCUGUUUUGUUGUUUUUUACAAAGAUUAUUUUAAACAUCCUUUUCAAUUCAUUAUAUAUCAUUUCCCAGUAAGCUUUAACCUUACUACAACCAUACGACAGAAAGAACCUUCUUUCUCUUUACAUUUCCAACACUUAUUUGAUUUAGAUUUAUACAUUUCGUUGACGUUUUUCUGUCACGUUUUUCCCAGGGUUGGAAAUGGCAAACUCCAUCUUGCUAUUGGCUGGGAGACGACCAUGUGACAUACAGUGAUGCUCGGAAGGUGUGCACAGAUUAUUCGUCUACUCUGGUCACCAUCACCAACAGGUGUGUGUUCUGUUGUAAGCCACCCGGAGUUUUUAUUCAACAAACGUCUUUUUUAUUAUUUAAAGAAAUUAGAUUAUCAUGGAAUGGGUUUUCAGAUAUUGUGCUGCAAACACUUAGAGGGAAAGGCUAGGCCAGGCACUUGACCUCUUGGUUAUUUUUGGAAGGCGCUAUGCUGCCUGGCAAGGGACGCGGGUGGCGCUGUGGGUUAAACCACAGAGCCUAGGACUUGCUGAUCAGAAGGUCAGCGGUUCAAAUCCCGCGACGGGGUGAGCUCCUGUUGCUCGGUCCCAGCUCCUGCCAACCUAGCGGUUCGAAAGCACAUCAAAGUGCAAGUAGAUAAAUAGGUACCGCUCUGGCGGGAAGGUAAACGGCGUUUCCGUGCGCUGCUCUGAUUCGCCAGAAGCGGCUUAGUCAUGCUGGCCACAUGACCCGGAAGCUGUACGCCGGCUCCCUCGGCCAAUAAAGCAAGAUGAGCGCUGCAACCCCAGAGUCGUCCACGACUAGAUCUAAUGGUCAGGGGUCCCUUUACCUUUAUGCUUCCUGGCUGCCACAUGGCAAAAAGCAACAGGAUGCUAGACUGGUGACUGGGAACGGCCACCAAGACUACAUAACACUGGUCCUGAAAGACCUACACGGGCUCCCAGUACAUUUCCAAGCACAAUUCAAAUUGUUGCUGCUGACCUUUAAAGCCCUAAACGGCCUUGGUCCAGUAUACCUGAAGGGGCGUCUCCACCCCCAUCGUUCAGCCCGGACACUGAGAUCCAGCUCCAAGGGCUUUCUGGUGGUUCCCUCACUGCGAGAAGUGAUGUUAGAGGGAACCAGGCAGAGGGCCUUCUCAGUAGUGGCACCCUCCCAUCAGAUGUCAAGGAAAUAAACAACUAUCUGACUUUUAGACAGUCAGAAGGCAACCCUGUAUCAGGAAGUUUUUAAUGUUUGAUGUUUUAUUCUGUUUUUAGUGUUCUGUUGGGAGCUGCCCAGAGUGGCUGGGGUAUAAAUAAUAAAUUAUUACUAUUACAGUGGUACCUCGGGUUAAGUACUUAAUUCAUUCCGGAGGUCCGUUCUUAACCUGAAACUGUUCUUUAGCUAAUGGGGCCUCCUGCUGCCGCCGUGCCGCCGGAGCACGAUUUCUGUUCUUAUCCUGAAGCAAAGUUCUUAACCUGAAGCACUAUUUCUGGGUUAGCGGAGUCUGUAACCUGAAGCGUAUGUAACCCGAGGUACCACUGUACAGUGGUACCUCGGGUUACAGACACUUCAGGUUACAUACACUUCAGGUUACAGACUCCGCUAAGAACUUUGCUUCAGGAUGAGAAUAGAAAUCACUCUGCGGUGGCGCAGCGGCAGCAGGAGGCCCCAUUAGCUAAAGUGGUACCUCAGGUUAAGAACAGUUUCAGGUUAAGAACGGACCUCCAGAACGAAUUAAGUUCUUAACCCAAGGUACCACUGUAUUAUGAUGAUGAUGAUGAUGAUGAUGAUGAUGAUGAUGAUGAUGAUUUGACCAUCAACCUCUGGAGGAAAGAUCAUGGAUUGGUGGAUGUGGUGAGGAAGCGACUGACUCAUUCCUUUGUCUUCCUGGCCAAGGUUUGAACAGGCCUAUGUGAGCAGCCUAAUUUAUGGCUGGGAGGACGAAUAUUUCUGGACAGCUCUACAGGACAUAAAUGAAACGGGCUCCUUUCGUUGGUUGAGCAGGGAUGAAGUCACCUACACCCACUGGAAUCGCAACCAGCCCGGUAAUAGAUCUCUCUCUCUCUCUCUCUCUGUGUGUGUGUGUGUGUUUGUGUACCUAGGGUUUGUUUACAUCUUUCAAGUGACUUAGUAUGUGUCUCUCUUCUGCAAUCACAGUGGGUUAUGCAUUCCCCUUUUUAAAAAAAAUUUGGCUUGACUGUCUGAAUUGUCUGCGCUUUCUUUUUCAUUUUUGAAUAAAUUUUAUUAGGGUUUGUAGAGAAGAAUACAAAACUUAAUAUCAAAUAUCUUUUCAAUUUUUUUUGUUAAGACUUUGAUCUAACAACAACAAAAGCAUAAAGGGGGGGGAGAGAGAGAAAAGAAUGAACAAAGAAAAAGAGAGAAAUAAAGAAAAAGUAAUAGAAAAGAAGUUAAAGAGAGAGAGAGAAACAAUAAGAAGAAACCUUGGUUUGUUGCAGUUUGUUUGGAGCUAAACAAACCAUAAUCCCUGGUUCAGGUAUAAAGUUAAAUUAGAGAUUGUGACAGGUUUCCUCCACCCAUUCGUGGGGAGAAGCAAAGGAGGUGUGGUUUGUUCAUGCACAGUAAACCAUGGUUUAUAGCUUACUAUGAUGAGCGCAGCCAUUAUCUAGUUUGGUGGUUAUUGCCUGAUUUUGCCAAGCCAGAUGGAAACCGUUUCCUUUGGCUUAAAUUUUUUCUCUGGCCUAUUUCCCCCUUCCCAUGAGGCUUUCAGGUUAUAACAAAGGCGGCUGCGUUGCCUUGGCCACGGGGAGUGCCAUGGGACUAUGGGAAGUGAAGAACUGCACCAGUUUCAAGGCCAAAUACAUCUGCAGGCAGAAUUUGGGGACUCCGGUGAACCCUGAGCUUCCUUCGCCUCAUCCCACCCCGAGCCUCACGGGAACUUGUCCAGCGGGAUGGGUCACCAGCCCCAAGUUGAGGCAUUGCUACAAGGUACGUACAAAACGAGGGGAGGCAGCCAGCCAGUUCAUGGUCCAAACUUUGCAUUAAAAGUGAAUUGUAUUAGCUCAAAUUGGUUUUGGAUUUAACAUUUGUCACAGCAGUUCGGGCUUGUAAUACUCUCACCGACUGGGAUCAGUUUGUGAAAUGGCUCCCUCUUUUCUCUUCUUUUCUUUUCUUUUCUUUUUUCCCAAAAAAAUAUUGAUUUUCUCUUAUAGCACACAGAAACGAACAUUACAUUUAACACAACAUGAAAGCUUAACAACAGUAAAAACACAAAAGAUGAAAGAAGAUUUUCCCCCCCUCUUAUUCCCUGGUAUAUUUACAUUGCUAGAAGACUUCCUCGACAUCUGCCAAUCUGAAUUUCAUCAUAACACAUAUUUAGCAGUUCCCAAUUUCAUAUUUAUAGCAUCAGUAUCCUCUUUCAUUACAAACUUCUUAUCCUUCCUUCCAAUUGUAAUCCAUAAUAAUCAUUAUUAUUAAUCUUUUUCUAUCCUUUAGCCUAUUCUGUUACUUCUAGGAAUUUCUUAAUUAUCUUAUAUUGCAAUAUCUCACUAAAUAUUAUUUAAAUUUCUUCCAUUCUUCUUGUGUUUCCUCCUCUUUCUGGUCGCGGAUUCUUCCCAGUCAGGUCAGCCAUUUCCGAAAAGUCCAUCAUCUUCAUCUGCCAUUCUUCUAUUGUCGGCAUUUCUUGCAAUUUCCAAUUUUUGGCUAAUAAAAGUCUUGCUGCUGUAGUGGCAUACAGAAACAGUCUAACAUCCUUCUUUCCGGUCCUGUUAUUCCAAGAAGAAAGGCUUCUGGUUUCUUAAUAAAUGUAUUUUUCAACAUUUUAAAAAAUUCAUUAUAAAUCUUUUCCCAGAAGUCUUUCACCUUAGGACACGUCCACCACAUGAAUCGUAUUAGCUCAAAUUGGUUUUGGAUUUAACAUUUGUCAUGGCAGUUCGGGCUUGUAAUUCUCAGAAGGGGCGGCUCUCACCGACCGGGUUCGGUUUGUGAAAUGGCUCCCUUUUUUCUUGGGCAGGUGUUCACCUACGACAAACUUCAGGAGAAGAAAAACUGGAUCAUGGCCCAUUUGUUCUGCAGCGAUCGGAAAGCCCAACUCUUGAGCGUUGGCACUUAUGAGGAGGAACAUUUUAUAGCCAACACGCUCAACAAGAUAUUUGGGUGAGGACUGAGUUACAAAAACAGGAGAUGUAUGUUGCUGGGCGACACCCUGGCAAAUAUAUCCACGUGCACUCAGGCACACCUGAAUGUUCCUUGGUAUGUACAGUGGUACCUCGGGUUACAUACGCUUCAGGUUACAGACUCCGCUAACCCAGAAAUAUUACCUCAGGUUAAGAACUUCAGGAUGCGAACAGAAAUCAUGCUGCAGCAGCACGGCAGCAGCGGGAGGCCCCAUUAGCUAAAGUGGUGCUUCAGGUUAAGAACAGUUUCAGGUUAAGUGCGCACCUCCGGAACGAAUUAAGUACUUAACCCGAGGUACCACUGUAAGCGCAUUUGCGAGUUUUGGUUUACGCGCCGACAGUGUGAUUACGUUUUAUAUAGACAGAUAGACAGCCGUCCUCCUCAUCCCUUGCUUUGAGAGACGAUACAGUUGAAACCCACAUUUAAAACCCCACCUUUAAAAAAAAAAUAGGAAGAUAGAAGCCGAAACAAAAAGUUAAAGUUAAAAAGUUGAAGCUUGUGAAGAAUCAUAAUGUUUUAUCUGGUGGUUGUGAAUGGGUGGGGAUAGGGAAAGAGUGAGAGGUACUGUAUUUUUCACUCUAUAAGACGCACCGGACCACAAGACGCACCUAGUUUUUGGAGGAGGAAAACAAGAAAAAAUAAUAUUCUAAAUCUCAUAAGCCAGAACAGCUGCGCAGUGAAAGCAGGAAUCCCUCUUGCUGUUCUGGCUUCUGGGAUAGCUGCACAGCCUGCAUUCACUCCAUAAGACGCACACACAUUUCCCCUUACUUUUUAGGAGGCAAAAAGUGAGUCUUAUAGAGCAAAAAAUACGGUAUCUGCUGAACUGAGAAGAAGCGUGGCUGUUUCCUAAAAGGGGGAAGUGGAAAUGAUGGGUUCAAGUUUUGCCAAUAAAAAAUAAUGGUUAAUCAGCAGUCCUUGAUAUUUUUUUCAGGGGGAGGCAAGCUGAACAGGGCCUAGAUGGUGCUCUGUGCAUUUUUAUUCUGAAACCUCGGCAGCUACUUAGCUUGGCCCGUCACAACCGUGAGAUGCUGCUCUUCUCCUGUCACCAUGGCUACAAAAUGGAGGGGGAAGUUGGCGCCUCCCAGCUGUUGCAGGACUACAACUCCCAUCAUCCAGGGCAACUGGCCAUACUGCUUGGGCUGAUGGGAGUUGGGAGUCCCAACAAUAUCAGGAGAGCCACACGCGUGCCCCAACCCUGCUAUAAGCAGCUUGAAUCAACUGAGCCAGAUCACAUACAGCAAAAUCGGGUGGCGGCUGGGGGGACAAACCUUGGGAGCUUUAGUCGAGCAUUAAGUCUUCGCACAGUUACAUGGAAGAACUGACUAAAUCCUUCGAAGACAGAGGUCCUAUGGCUGGGUCGGGAUGGCAUGGGGAUGAGGGACCAACUCCCUUCUCUUGCGGGGGCCCAAUUAGUGCCAUUGCCUUCCGUUAAGAGUUUGGGUGUAAUCCUUGACGCCUUCCUUUCCAUGGAGGCUCAAGUUACAGCAACAGCCAAGGCGACAUUUUUCCACCUUCGCCGCAUCAAGCAGUUGGUCCCUUACCUUUCCCGCCCCGACCUGGCCACAGCGAUCCAUGCAACGGUCAUCUCCAGGCUUGACUACUGUAAUUCGCUCUACGCGGGGCUGCCCUUGAAGCUGUCCCAGAAACUCCAGCGGGUGCAGAAUGCUGCAGCAAGGCUCCUCACGGGGUCUCUGCCAUGGGAGCAUAUUCACCCAGUGCUUUUCAAACUGCACUGGCUCCCAGUAGAGUACAGGGUCAGAUUUAAGGUGCUGGUUUUGACCUUUAAAGCCCUUCACGGCCUAGGAGCCUCGUACCUACGGGACUGCCUCUCCUGGUAUGCCCCACGGAGAGCCUCAAGGUCCAUAAAUAACAACACCCUAGUGGUCCCGGGCUGUAAGGAAGUUAGAUUGGCUUCAACCAGAGCCAGGGCCUUUUCAACACUGGCUCCUGCCUGGUGGAACGCUCUGCCUCAUGAGACCAGGGCCCUGCAGGAUCUGAUUUCUUUCCACAGAGCCUGUAAGACAGAGUUGUUCCGCCUGGCCUUUGGCUUGGAGCUAAUUUGAUUCCUUCCUUCCCUCCCUUUCUUUCUUUUUUCUUUUCCUUCUCCUGCGAUGAGGCUACAUUUUAAUAUUUUAAUGUUUCAAUAUUUUAAUGUUGUAUUUUAAUUUUGUUUUUAAGUUGUAAUCAUUCAACUUGUUUUUAUUAUUGCUUGUAAGUUCCUCUGAGCCCGGCCUUGGCUGGGGAUGGCGGGGUAUAAAUUAAAAAUUAUUAUUAUUAUUAUUAUUAUUAUUAUUAUUAUUAUUAUCUUCUUUUUGGGUGCCUUCCAGGGCAUCAGAACCUGAAAUUCAUGAGCAGCAUUGGUUUUGGAUCGGCUUGAAUCGCCGGGACCCGGGACUUGAGAGGAGCUGGCGAUGGAGUGAUGGUCUUGGGGUGAGUGAUGGUUUGCUCAACCUAUUAAAAAAAAAGCACAAGAAAGGACUCAAAUAAAGAUGACAAAUUCUAACAGAGAUUACAAACUCUAACUCAUAAAUAUAUGUAUAAAUGGUAUAUACCGUAUUUUUUGCUCUAUAAGACUCACUUUUUCCCUCCUAAAAGGUAAGGUGAAAUGUGUGUGUGUCUUAUGGAGCAAAUGCAGGCUGCACAGCUAUCACAGAAGCCAGAACAGCAAGAGAGAUUGCUGCUUUCACUGCGCAGCGAUUCCUCUUGCUGUUCUGGCUUCUGAAAUUCAGAAUAUUUUUUUUCUUGUUUUCCUCCUCCAAAAACUAGGUGCGUCUUGUGGUCUGAUGCGUCUUAUAGAGCGAAAAAUACGGUAAUACUGUUUUAUAAUUUAGGAUUGUUUUAUAAUUUAUGAUAAUUUAGAAUCUAAACGUAUUUUCAUGUAAUGUUUGAUACUUCCAGCUGAUGAAUACAUCGAAACAGGGCCUGUCCUGGCUUAUAAUCCAUAAUUGACUUUUGCCUUCUGCUCUGUGAUUGAAACUGAGUCUCCAUCUGCAAGCUGAUAAGGAUCAACAUUAUUGUUGAGUAAAAAAGAGAAAAUCUUUGUAACGAAUUAUUGUGUUAUACAUACAGUGGUACCUCGGGUUAAGUAAUUAAUUCGUUCCGGAAGUUCGUACUUAACCUGAAACUGUUCUUAACCUGAAGCACCACUUUAGCUAACGGGGCCGCCGCGCCGCCGGAGCACGAUUUCUGUUCUCAUCCUGAAGCAAAGUUCUUAACCCGAGGUACUAUUUCUGGGUUAGCGGAGUCUGUAACCUGAAGCGUAUGUAACCUGAGGUACCACUGUAUCUUUAUGAGUUAGAGUUUGUAAUCUCUGUUAGAAUUUGUAAUCUUUAUUUGAGUUUGUAAUUCUUGUCAGAAUACAAUACACACUUUUGAAUGGAUUAGUUUUUGUUACUAUUGACUUGUGAGUAGGGACCACUCCCACUAUUGAAACUUACACUGGCCAGAGUUCUUGGUGUGCUUUUUUUCUUGGUAUAUUUAAUAACAAGAACUCCAGGCUAUUCAAAAGGCACUGGGAACAGAGAUUUGCUUGUUUGUGUGUGUGUGUGUUUUAACAAAGUACUCCUGUUGGGAGAUCAGUAAGUAAAAUAGAAUGCCUCUGCUGUUAUUUAGAGGGAAAAGAGGACCAGGAAUUGUGUAUUGGUGGAGAAACAGGAAUCUGACAAAAAGUCCCAAGAGUUAUUUUGUCAGAUCAGUAUCCGAAUUGAUGCCUAUUCUUUGAUAUCUUAAAAUUGUCACCUCUUCUUUAUUUCAGAGAUUCUUUUCUGUUUGCUCUGUCUUUGUUGAUAUUUUGUCAAAUUUAUUUAUUUAUGCAAAUAAAUAAAUAAAUAAAUGCAAACUUCCAACAUAAAAAACCCAAACCAGAGUUAUUUUGUCAGGUAAAAGGUAAAGGGUAAAGGGACCCUUGACCAUUAGGUCCAGUCGUGGCCGACUCCGGGGUUGCGGCGCUCAUCUCGCUUUAUUGGCCGAGGGAGCCGGCGUACAGCUUCCGGGUCAUGUGGCCAGCAUGACUAAGCCGCUUCUGGCGAACCAGAGCAGCGCACGGAAACACCGUUUACCUUCCCGCCGGAGCGGUACCUAUUUAUCUACUUGCACUGACGUGCUUUCGAACUGCUAGGUUGGCAGGAACAGGGACCGAGCAACGGGAGCUCACCCUGUCGUGGCUUGCUGGAAAUCAUGGCUCUUCUUUUACUAAUGUAUUAAGGCUUCUUCUGUUAAGGAGCCACCAUAAGAAACCCAGACCUCUCUUGAAGCUUGUUUGUUGCUGAUGUAGAGGAAAAUGCAUUUGAGAUAAUACAGAGCACAGUGUGGAGUGGGAAUUCCUUCUGGUGGGGGGGAAGAGGAAAGUAUUCAUGUCACUGCGCUCAACUGAGUUGGAUAAGCCAGUGACUUAAGGCAUGGGUAGGUAAACUAAGGCCCAGGGGCCGAAUCUGGUCCAAUCGCCUUCUAAAUCCAGCCCGCAGACAGUCCAGGAAUCAGUGUGUUUUUACUUGAGUAGAAUGUGCACUUUUAUUUAAAAUGCAUCUCUGGGUUAUUUGUGGGGCAUAGGAAUUUGUUCAUUACCCCCCCAAAAAAAUAUAGUCCGGCCCCCCACAAGGUCUGAGGGACAGUGGACCGGCCCCCUGCUGAAAAAGUUUGCUGACCCCUGACCUAAGGCUUCAGUUGACUAAGCAGGACAUUGAGGGAAUAAUAAUAAUAAUAAUAAUAAUAAUAAUAAUAAUAAUAAUUUAUUAUUUAUACCCCGCCCGUCUGACUGGGCUUCCCCAGACACUCUGGGCGGCUUCCAGAAAAAAUAUUAAAAUACUGUAAUACAUCAAACAUUAACUUGCCCUCCCCCAUCUUUCUUUUGCCUUCAGUUCUCCUACCAUAACUUUGACCGCAGCAAUCACGACGACGAGGACAUCCGGAACUGUGCAGCGCUGGACUUGGCAUCCUUGCAGUGGAUGCCUCUUCAGUGCGACGCUCAACUGGACUGGAUCUGCAAACUGCCCAAAGGUGACUGGGAUGGCGACGGGUUGGCAGGGAGGGGAAGAGUUAGCCACAGUCAAGAACUUUGCAGUUGCCUCUUUCAUGUCUACAUAUCUUCAAACGCGAGAUUUUGAAUGAGGAUUCUUGAGGUAACGUUCAGCCAACUCAAUAAUGUCCAUUAAGCGAAGGAUUUAAGUACCUUGCCUGGGCUUCAGGAGGGUUUUGUUUACAGCUUAAUAUCUUCAUCGGUCACUACAGUGUGCUAUGAGUUACCGUAUUUUUUGCUCUAUAAGACUCACUUUUUCCCUCCCAAAAAGUAAUGGGAAAUGUGUGUGCGUCUUAUGGAGCGAAUGCAGGCUGCGCAGCUAUCCCAGAAGCCAGAACAACAAGAGGGAUCUCUGCUUUCACUGCGCAGCGAUCCCUCUUGCUGUUCUGGCUUCUGAGAUUCAGAAUAUUAUUUUUUUCUUGUUUUCCUCCUCCAAAAACUUGGUGCGUCUUAUGGUCUGGUGCGUCUUAUAGAGCGAAAAAUAUGGUGAUUUUAAUAGCGUUUGGCCUGCCAGGUUGAGGAUUCUUUUGUGGCUGACCUCUUUGGGGGUUUUUUAUUGGGGUUUAGUGCUGCUUUCAUUUUUACUGCUGUUUAUUUUUGCUGCCGUUGAUUGUAUGACUAAUGUUUCAGUCUAUGUUACUGUUUUGAAAAAACGCUAUAAGCUGCCCUGAGCAUGGCAAAUUUCUACGCGAGUGUGAGAUGUAUAAAGAUUGUUGUAUUAAGUGCAUCUGUUUCUUGUCAGUUCCUCAAAUAGGAUUAUCUUCCCAAGAUAACUUGGUGUCCCUACUUAAUGGGUAUGUUAAUAUUUUUAGAAUAACAAAGUUUCUCAGCUCCACUAGUUCAUACUAAGAUUACUGAAACUCCCAGGGACAUUCUGUCUUCCUUCUGGUGUCUGUGCUUCCUCCCCACAAUCUAACCCUUUCUGAUUUUUAAAAAAUUAAUGUUUAAUUAUUUCUUUGAUACAUGGUUGAAUGUGUAUAAAGACAAGUAGCCACAUUCCAAUAAACAAAGGAUGAGGCUUGCUCCUCCUUCAUAACCAGCAGGGAUUGCAGUACAGAAAGGAUAGGGGGAAUAUCUUACUUUCCUGAAGGGGCAUUUUUUCCUGAAUCAGGAACUGAAAUGAAUUCUGGGCCAGGCCCAGCCCAUCUCCCUUGCUCACUUGCUGAUCGUGUGCUGUUGUUUAAUAGGCACUGAUGUGAAAGAGCCAGAGACAACCGUUCAAGGUGAGUGAAUAUUUCCGCCCCCCUCAUCCCAGGUGGCAAAGCCUCUUUGUGCAGAGAUCGCUCUGUCUCCACCCUCACCCCAUACUCCUCGACUUGUGGUCGCAAAAAACGUGUGUGUUUUCUGGAUGCAUGCAAGCUAGAGGAAACACGGUGCCAACUUCCCGCCUCUGUUAUACUGCGCUGUUGGCAUUGUGCUUUUAGAGCGGUGUUUCUCAAACGUGGGUCCCCAGGUGGACUACAACUCCCAUCAUCCCUAGCUAGCAGGACCAGUGGUCAGGGAUGAUGGGAGUUGUAGUCCAACAACACCUGGGGACCCAAAAGUUUGAGAAAGGUUUGUUGGGAAACUGUGUACGUGCAGCUACUCACACAGAGUCAAUUAAGGUUUGGCAGACAGCCAGAAAGCAAUCUGAAGGAGUAAGUCUGCCUGGUGAUAACAGAGGCAUGGAGACCGCUCCCUGAUUGGUCAAGCUCUCUCAAGGGAGUGAUAAUUAAUGGCCUACUAACUGGAAUGUGUUCAGAGUUCAGAGGUUCAGAGUUCUGUGUCAGUGUAGGAGUUGUGAGUUGUAUCAGAGAGCGCUAGCAAAAGAUCCGUGUUCUGUUCCUGUAAAUAGUCCACUGUAUAUAAUAAACACCUAACUACAAGUUCCUGGUUCCUGCUUCGUCUAUCCUGUCUGCAGCAAAGUCACCAAUUGCUUCCGUGGAUUCUGCGUUUACUCUGCUAGGUCUGGCUAAGAUCCUGCAACUAGUCAGAAAGUUGCGAAACAUCAAAUAGGUUUUGCCAUUAAGGUCCAGCAAGGUGGUCUUGUCAAGGAUUGGUAGAGUGCUGCUGGCAGUCUUAUGUGGCACGGCCCCUUGCUCUCUCAGCUGAGGCGACGUGGGGUCUGCAGUUGGGAAUGUGGACUAUGUCCCUGGGAAAGGGAGUUAUGUGUUAUACCAAACUUAUGUCAAAAGCAGGCAACAGAAAUAUCAGCUAACUGAAUCGAUAGAGUUGGAUCCCUCUCAGCUAUAGGUCUGCAGAGGUAAAGUAUGAGUUUAAGAAGCCUGCACUCAUGUACCUAGCUUCAUCCAGGUCUAGCAAUAGAAUAGCUAUGCUGGAGGCAGCAUGGAAAACAGGGCAACUGGACCAUCUUGACUUCUGAUUAUUUAUCUUACUGAAGAAAAGAAUGUUUUGGAUGUAGGAAAAAGGCAACAGGGCUGUGUGUGUGUGUGUGUGUGUGUGUAUUUGUUCAUGCAUAAUGUGACAGAGGUUUACGAAACCAUGAGUGAUGUGGAGAAACUGAGAUCCCAUGAGGUCUGGCUAGCGCUAACUUUGGCUUUCUUUCAGUGCCAGGUUAAGACCUGGUUAUUCUCUCAGGGUCCUUAUGAAUUGUUAAUUCUGCAGCCUAUGGUAUUUGCAGCUCUGCAUUUUAAGUCAGACGCAGUGAUUUAUACUUUUGCCUGCUCCCGCUAUAUUCUUGUAAACGCUUUGAAUGAAUUGUGUGCCCUGCUCAGAGAUCAGUGUGAUGAAGAGCAGGCUAUAAAUAUUUUCAGAAACAAAUAGUGGAGACAUUCAUCCCCCAGCCUCAACGCCUGAGGCACCUGUUCUUGAAACUGAUACGAAUAAUAAUAAUAAUAUUUUUUUUAUUUAUACCCCGCCCAUCUGGCUGGGUUUCCCCAGCCACUCUGGGCAGCUUCCAACAAAAUACUAAAAUACAAUGAAACACCAAACAUUACAAUCUUCCCCAAACAGGUUUAAGAAAAAGAAGCAGUGCUUCUUUACACAACACAUCAUUAACCUGUGAAAUUCAUGACCCCAGGAUGUUGAGGUGGCAUUUAGCAUUACAGUGGUACCUUGGUUCUCAAACUUAAUCCACUCCGGAAGUCCGUUCCUAAACCAAAGCGUUCCAAAACCAAGGUGCGCUUUCCUAUAGAAAGUAAUGCAAAACGGAUUAAUCCGUUCCAGUCUUUUAAAAACAACCCCUAAAACAGCAAUUUAACAUGAAUUUUACUAUCUAACGAGACCACUGACCAUAAAAUGAAAGCAAUAAUCAAUGUACUGUACUAUAAACUAAAUUAGACAGUAUUGUAGAUGAUAAAGAUUAAAAUUGAUUUUUUUUCUUACUUGCACUGUUUGAUUUCCAAAAUGUUCGAAAACCAAGGCGCAGCUUCUGAUUGGUGCAGGCACCCCAGAAACAAUAGCUGACAGCUGCAUUGGAUGUUCGGCUUCUGAGAAACGUUUGAAAACUGAAACACUUAUUUCUGGGUUUUUGGCGUUUGGGAAUCAAGGCGUUUGAGUUCCAAGGCAUUUGAGAACCUCUGUCCCAGCUUCUGCCAACCUAGAAAUUUGAAAGCACGCCAGUGCAAGUAGAUAAAUGGGUACCACUGUGGCAGGAAAGUAAACGGCGUUUCCGUGUGCUCUGGUUUCCGUCACGGUGUUCCGUUGCACCAGAAGCAGCUUAGUCCUGCUGGCCACAUGACCCGGAAAGUUGUCUGAGGACAAACACCAGCUCCCUCGAGCUGAAAGCGAGAUGAGCGCCGCAACCCCAUAGUCGCCUUUGACUGGACUUAAAUGUCCUGGGGUCCUUUACCUUUUACCUUUUUACCUAAUGAAUAAACAUGGUACUGUCUUAGAAUCUACACAGUUUGGUCAACCUGUCUGCAUAAGCAAACAUAGAAUGUGCCUUCUGAGUCUAUGCUGGAAGAGAAUUAGGUUGACUAGAUAGCUUCGUUGACACUUGGAAGAGUUGCAGCUCUUCUGAUGUUGUUGUUGUUUAGUCGUUUAGUUGUGUCCGACUCUUCGUGACCCCAUGGACCAGAGCACGCCAGGCACUCCUGUCUUCCACUGCCUCCUGCAGUUUGGUCAAACUCAUGCUGGUAGCUUCAAGAACACUGUCCAACCAUCUCAUCCUCUGUCAUCCCCUUCUCCUUGUGCCCUCCAUCUUUCCCAACAUCAGGGUCUUUUCCAGGGAGUUUUCUCUUCUGAUGAGGUGGCCAAAGUAUUGGAGUCUCAGCUUUAGGAUCUGUCCUGAAGGACAGAUCCCGAAGCUCUUCUAAUAGGGGGCAUCUAAGGGAAAUAUGAGGUUUUGGUGGUAUUAGCUGCCUUAAGUAAUCUCCACCUGGAAAGCACCAAGUUUCCCCAGGGUCUCUUAACACAUCCCGUUUCUCCACAGCGAGCAACGAGUGGGUGAAAUACCAAGAGGCUGAGUACAAGUUCUUUGACCAUCAUUCAACUUGGGUACAGGCUCAGAGGAUCUGCACUUGGUUCCAAGCUGAGCUGGUGUCAAUUCACAAUCAAGCUGAGCUGGAUUUCCUGGGUCAGAACUUGAAGAAGGUAGGGAGCCACCUGGAAUGGCAAUGGGUUCGGGCCAAAAGGAAACAAUUUUAAAAAUCCCAUCCGGUUGUGGCAGGGACCUUCAGGCAGGAAGGGAACAUUGAUGGUUAGUGGAGACUAAAUUGGGUCUUCCCAAAGAUUUAAGGAAAAUUUACCAGGUGAGAAAUGCAAGAUGGCCUCCAACUUGCAAUAAUCUUAAUACAUUUCCCCGACAGGCUAAGGAAUGUGCUUUUGGUGUAUAAAUAUGGGUAUUGGGGUGUCAGGGAAUCCAUUCUAGAAGGAAAAAUACGUUAAAAUUACUAUUGAGCAGUUGCCAUCUUUCAUUUUUUUCGCUUAGCAAAUUCUCCUCAGAAGUUGUCUUGGAAUCUUGGUACAUUGUUUCUACUAUUAAUUUAUAGAAUCGAAGCCUUUCUGGCCCAGUUCCUUCAGAUGCUUCUUAUUUCCUUCCCAGACGAAAGUGAGAGCUGCAUAUAGAAAGCAAUGAAGGGAUUUAAAAGUUUGGCCUAGCUGCAGUUAGACAGCAUCAAGCUCUCAACCUUUUAUAGAGUGGAAGCUCACUGGGCUAUUGCAAGGGUUUUAAAGAAAUUUCUUUUAGUUUACGAAUAUAUGUAUAUUGUUCUACACACAAGAGCAGCAGAACAUAAUUGACUAGACAAGUUAAAGGCCUGCCUAAAUAAUUUUUUUUCAAGAUGGUAGCAAAAGCAUAGUCAGCUGCUGCUUAUGACCUUCUCCUCCCAGUUAGUGUUUCACACAGUAAUAUCCAAUAAUAAUAAUAAAAAUAACAAUAAACACAGCUUUAUUGUUGUAUUCCAAGUGCUCUUCAUUUCUUUAUUUGAUAUAUAAAAAUACUUGUCUGCUGCAAUUUAAUUAAAAGUUUCAAAGCUCUUGACAAUUAAAUACAGUAAGAACGGAAAUAAAAAUUAAAAUGGAUAAUCAGCUAUUAUGGAUACUUAAUAGUCCCCGUAAGCUGGGCAGCAAAGAAAACUUCCCUGCAAACAUUUGACAGUUAGCAUAGAAGGUGCAUGCUGAUUCGGUUUGGGGUUGAUAAUCAGAUGAGCCUCACCAACUCAUGGGACAACUACAGAUGAACUCAGUGAUUGAGCUUGGAAAUAAUAAUAAUAAUAAUAAUAAUAAUAAUAAUAAUAAUAAUAUUUCCCGCCCAUCUCUGAGCACCUUCCAACAAAAUAUUAAAAAUACAGCAAAACAUCAGACAUUAAAAACUUCCCUAAACAGGGCUGCCUUCAGAUGUCUUCUAAAACUCAGAUAGUUGUUCAUUUCCUUGAGGGCAUUACACAGGGCGGGUGCCACUACCGAGAAGGCCCCUCUGCCUGGUUCCCUGUAACCUCACUUCUCGCAGGAAGGGAACUGCCAGAAGGCCCUUGGAGCUGGACCUCAGUGUCUGGGCUGAACGAUGGGGGUGGAGAUGCUCCUUCAGGUAUACAGGGCCGAGGCUGUUUAGGGCUUUAAAUAAUAAUAACUUUAGAAGGUGUUCAGGUGACCCCUGCAGCACCCUGGACCUACGUUUUUCAGAGCUGUGUAAAUCAAGACAAGUCUGGGACACGGAUGGCACUGUGGGUUAAACCACAGAGCCUAGGACUUGCCGAUCAGAAGGUCGGCGGUUCGAAUCCCCGCGACGGGGUGAGCUCCCGUUGCUCGGUCCCUGCUCCUGCCAACCUAGCGGUUCGAAAGCACAUCAAAGUGCAAGUAGAUAAAUAGGUACCACUCCAGCGGGAAGGUAAACGGUGUUUCCAUACGCUGCUCUGGUUUUCCAGAAGCGGCUUAGUCAUGCUGGCCACAUGACCCGGAAGCUGUACGCCGGCUCCCUUGGCCAAUAAAGCAAGAUGAGCGCUGCAACCCCAGAGUCGGUCACGACUGGACCUAAUGGUCAGGGGUCCCUUUACCUUUACCUUAAAUCAAUACAAGGACCUUGAACCUGUCAUGUCACGUGUUCGCAGCUAUGUGUUCCCAUAGCCAUUGCAUUCUGCACCAGCUAGAGUUUCCAGACCAGGGCCAAGGGCAGCCCCACACAAUGUGCAUUGUAGUGAUCCAGCCUUGCGGUCACUGGUGCAUGGACAGCAGUGGUUAGGCAGCAAUUCUGUAGGGUAGGCAGUGGGUGCCAGCACAAAAUAACUGCUAUGCGCAGGCAAAAACAAAAGGUGCUGGGACUCCAUGCUGGUAUCGUUACACAAAAAAAAGCCUGGUGGGAGGCACUCCGAAGAUCAAGGUGGCUCAGACAGUCUUUUCGUUCUCCCCCUUGACAUUAUUGCAUAUAAUUCCUCCUUUGGCCAGUUUUCAAGGGGACAGGAGCAGCACUGGUGGAUUGGGCUGAGCACCUAUGAGAAUGAUGGACGAUUUCGGUGAGUCUCUUUCUCUAUUAAGUGUCUUCUGUCCUAGAAGCUUUUUUGGUGUGUCUUAGAUUCCUGCUUGUGUUCAAAAUGCGGAAACCUCCCCAAUGUGUUGUUUGCCAUCUCCAGGUGGUCUGAUUAUUCUCUCUUGAACUUCGUCUCGUGGGCACCAGGAAAGCCUCGGCCUACCACCAAGGACAGGAAGUGUGUGUACAUGACUGCUAGCCGAGGUGGGUAAUGGGCAUGCAGACAUUGGCCUGAUAUUCCUAAUCAAUUUACAGAUCAACAUUCUUCCCUAUGGCCCUUUGCAGUCUCUGGUCUGAUCAGCUCAGACCAGCCUCCUGAUAAUUCCUAAAAAAUAUUCCAUCCCUCCAGACACCCAUCGAACCCUGAACUUCUGGCUGAUGUCCCUGAAAACACACAGUGGUACCUCGGGUUACAUACGCUUCAGGUUACAUAUGCUUCGGGUUACAGACUCUGCUAACCCAGAAAUAGUGCUUCAGGUUAAGAACUUUGCUUCAGGAUGAGAACAGAAAUCGUGCUCCGGCGGCGCGGCAGUAGCGGGAGUCCCCAUUAGCUAAAAUGGUGCUUCAGGUUAAGAACAGUUUCAGGUUAAGAACAGACCUCCGGAACGAAUUAAGUACUUAACCCGAGGUACUACUGUAUAGGGUAGGCAGUGGAAAUGUUAAGAUCACUGGUGUCCUAACUUAUUAUUGUGAUGUUGUUUUUAAGCAGUUGCCUAGUCUUUAGAGUUAUAAUACAGUGGUACCUUGGUUCCCAAAUGGCUUGGCUCCUGAACAAAUCGGCUCCCGAACGCCGCAAACCCGGAAGUGAGUGAUCUGGUUUGGCAACAUUUUUCGGAAGCUGAACGUCCGAGGUGGCUUCCGCGGCUUCUGAUUGAGUGCAGGAAGCUCCUGAAGCCAAUCGGAAUCUGCGCCUUGGUUUUCGAACCGGUUCAGGAGUUGAACGGACUCCCGGAACGGAUUUAGUUUGAGAACCAAGGUACCACUGUACAUGACCACUCACCAUUUAAAAAAAUAACAACAACUAUAGGACAUCUGGAUAAAAGAAUGUUAUGCCCCAAAAAGAAACCUGACCCAGGUUUGGGGUUUUUCUGUGUUGGAAUUUUUUUACACAAAAUGUUGGGACAGGCUGUGAUGGCUGCUGUUUGUUACAGUGGUACCUCAGGUUAAGUACUUAAUUUGUUCCGGAGGUCCGUUCUUUUUCUUUUUAGCUAUUUUUAAAAUUAAUUUUCCAACAUAGAUUUGUACAGAAUUAAACACCCAGUUCUCACCUAAUCAUUCUUUUAGACUUCCAUCAGCAUGUCUGACAAUUCUCCGUGUUAUCUCUUCAUCUCACAUUUCUCAAUUUUAUAUUGCACUCUAACAAUCUUAAUCAUAUCAUAUUUUAAAGCAAUAUUUCUAUCAAUAUUUUUCACAGUACUAAUUGUUCAUCACAAACAUUUUUGAUAUACUCUGUAAAUUUCUUCCAGUCCUCUGUGAAUCUCUGGUCUCUUUGAUUUCUAAUUCUGCCCGUUAGUCUAUCCAUUUCUGCGUAUUCCAUCAAUUUCAUUCUCCAUUCUUCUCUCGUGGGCAUUUCUUCCCCGGAGAUCCGUUCUUAACCUGAAACUGUUCUUAACCUGAAGCACCACUUUAGCUAAUGGGGCCUCCUGCUGCCGCUGCACCGCCGGAGCACGAUUUCUGUUCUCAUGCUGAAGCAAAGUUCUUAACCCCAGGUACUAUUUCUGGGUUAGCUAUUUCUGGAGUCUGUAACCUGAAGCGUAUGUAACCCAAGGUAGCACUGUACUUUGAGAUGGCUGCUGUUUCUUACUUUGAGAGUGCCAUUGUAACCAAGCAAAAUACAGAAUCUGCUCUCGUAUCUUCUCCUUUCUCUCCUUCUGCAGAGGACUGGGGCGACCAGAAGUGUUUCACUGCUCUGCCUUACAUCUGCAAGCGCACCAAUAUUACCACAGGCUCCUUGCCACCCCUGCCGGCACCUACUCCUGGCAGCUGUGCCCAGGGCUGGCAUGCUGUUGGCAAUAAGGUACUUGGAAGUGCUUUCCCUGGCCCCGGGCACCAUCAUUCUUGGUGGGGGGGGGGAGUCUUCCAGGAGUGUUUGUGUGCCAGGUCCCCCUUGAACUGGACAGGUGGUGGUGUGGAAAUAACUCCUGCGGAGUAUGUAGAAGGGCAGAAAUUUGGCUGAUGGACAUUCCUGGUUCAGAAACCCCUUACCCACUUAAUUUCCCCCUCCUGUUCGUGAACGUAUGAGAGUGUGGAGGGUAGUAGAUUGAGUGUCACAUCUAGGACUGACGAGACAUGGGUUCAAAUCCCAGUCCGUCAGCCUAGCCGAGAGGAGUGAGAUUUCAGAUAGAUAGCUGUUUCAUAUUGCAAGUCUGUCUGCGUAGUUUUGUGUAGUUCGAUUUCCCCUUCUCUCAAAUGCCUUGAUAUUUUUUACCUUCUUAACUCGUGGUAUCAGAGAAGGGAAACCAUCUUGAGCUUUUUGGGAGGAAAGGAUGAGCUAAAGCUGAAAAUAAAAUAAAUGUGAAAGUCCAGUGCUGAGGGCCUUCUGGCGGUUCCCUCAUUGCGAGAAACCAAGUUACAGGGAACCUGGCAGAGGGCCUUCUUGGUAGUGGCGCCCUGUGGAACGCCCUUCCACCAGAUGACAAAGAGAAAAACAACUACCAGACUUUUAGAAGACAUCUGAAGGCAGCCCUGUUUAGGGAAGCUUUUGAUGUUUAAUAGAAUAUUUUAUUUUAAUAUUUUGUUGGAAGCCGCCCAGAGUGGCUGGGGAAACCCAGCCAGAUGGGCAUGGUAUAAAUAAUAAAUUACUAUUAUAUUAUUAUUAUUAUAAAGUCACAGGAGGGGAAAUACCUUGCCUGAAAUGUCUGCUGUUUCUAAAUCUCCUUUUCUGUCAAUUUUAUAACCCAGUGCUUUAGGAUUAACAGCGAAGAGCAGGUAACCUGGCAAGAGGCGAAGCGAAGGUGUGAGAUUCAGGGGGGCGUGCUGGCAACCAUCUCCAAUUACGUUGAGCAAGGUAAGGGCCUUUUGUUCACAAGACAACUGUGUGUGUGUUCAUGCAUGCGUGCACACACACACACACACACACAUUGCCUCACCUCGCCUCUGGGAACUGAUCUGCUUUUGGCCCCAGGCAAGUGUCUUCAUGAGCCGAAGAAAACCCAAGGAUCAUUCAGGCAUUUGCCUGAACAUAUGAAAGGCUAAUCUGUGGACUUAUUGUCCUGAACACUGGACUGGACUGGACCCUUGGUUUGAGGGCCUUCUCGGCAGUGGCGCCCUCCCUGUGGAACGCCCUCCCUUCAGAUGUCAAGGAGAUAAAGAACUAAAUAACUUUUGGAAGACAUCUGAAGGCAGCCCUGUAUCAGGAAGUUUUUAAUGUUUGACGUUUUGUUACGUUUUUAUAUGUGCUGGAAGCCGCCCAGAGUGGCUGGAGCAACCCAGCCAGAUGGGCGGGGUAUAAAUAAAACCAUCACCGUAUUAUUGGAGUGAUUGCAAGAAAAUAAGAACAGUCCAUCAUAAUAUAGGAAGGAAUAAUAGAGAACAGAGUGCCUCUGAGAAAGGACAGAAUGUAUUUCCCUCACCCACUGAAUAAGCGUUGUCUUUCCCUCGCCCACCUCGGAGGCAGUUAGAGGCCAUGCGACGUCUUUUUUUUAGGGGAGGCACUUGAUGGCAAAACUGAACUCUGGCUUUGUAGGCCUCUAGUCCCUAUGAAAACAAAGCUUUGCACCUUCAUCUGACUUCCUCCAGUAACGUGCCCUUCUUCCCACUUACAGCCUUUAUAACCACUCUUCUUCCAAAUGUGACAUCUGACCUGUGGAUCGGCCUCCAGGAUUCAAAGAAGGAGUUCCAGUGGGUGGAAGCUGAGCCUGUCAGCUUUGUGAACUGGGGUCCUGGUGAGCCCUCUGGAUGCGGGGCAUCCACAGCUAGUGAGAACCCGGUGAGCCAAACCCUGGGGGACCCCCUCACCCCGUUUUGUAGCUAUCUCUUUGGGGAGCCUCAUCUUUUUGUAGGGAUGCUGUGUGUUUCAUAGAGGGGCAUGGGUGGCGCUGGGGGUUAAACCACAAAGCCUAGGGCUUGCCGAUCAGAAGGUCGGCGGUUCAAAUCCCCACGACAGGGUGAGGUCCCGUUGCUCGGUCCCUGCUCCUGCCCACCUAGCAGUUUGAAAGCACGUCAAAGUGCAAGUAGAUAAAUAGGUACCGCUCCGGCGGGAAGGUAAACAGCGUUUCCGUGCGCUGCUCUGGUUCGCCAGAAGCGGCUUAGUCAUGCUGGCCACAUGACCUGGAAGCUGUACGCCGGCUCCCUCGGCCAGUAAAGCGAGAUGAGCGCCGCAACCCCAGAGUCAUCUGCGACUGGACCUCAUGGUCAGGGGUCCCUUUACCUUUACCCUCAAGACUGGAUGGAGACUUGCACGCUGCUCCAGCUGAUGGCGUGCAGUGAACAGCCUUCCCACUGCGGGCACAGGUGAGUGACUGACGCUCCUGGUUCUGUCUCUCUCAGACCAACUGCGCUGUGGUUUGGCAUGGCAUCCCGCCCCAGUUCACUGGCCGCUGGGAUGACAGGAAUUGCCUGGAGGAGAAAAAUGCCUUCAUCUGCCAGAGGAGGAAAGGUAAGAGUGCAGGAAAGAUGCAGGCGGGGACCGGGGGUGGGAAGGGUCAGGCAGGCUGCAGCUGUGCCUGGCAAAGGGAGGAUUAAUGUGCCUUGGCAAUUAUCCAAGGUGCCACUGUUUCUCAGACCUCCCCACAAAGAGCUGCGAGUGAGAAAGCAGCAAGAAAUGGCUGGUGGUGGAAAGAGUGGGAAGGGAACACACCUGGCUCCCGGUGGAGUACAGGAUCAGGUUUAAGGUGCUGGUUUUAACCUUUAAAGCCCUAUACGGCCUAGGACCCUCGUACCUACGGGACCGCCUCUCCUGGUAUGUCCCACAGAGGACCUUACGGUCUUCAAACAAAAACAUCUUGGAGGUCCCAGGCCACAGAGAGGUUAGGCUGGCCUCAACCAGAGCCAGGGCUUUUUCGGCUGUGGCUCCGAUCUGGUCGAACGCUCUGUCACAAGAGACUAGAGCCCUGCGGGACUUGACAUCUUUCCGCAGGGCCUGCAAGUCAGAGCUGUUCCACCAGGCCUUUGGCCAAGGCAGAGUCUGACCCCCUCCUUUGGUAACCCUCAUAGAACUCUAGCCCAAUGGUUGCCAUUAAUUUGAUUCUGAAUUAAUUUUAGAAUGAAUUGAUUUUAGAAUGCUGUGUUACUUUUAUUGUUGUUAGCCGCUCUGAGCCCAGCUUCGGCUGGGGAGGGCAGGAUAUAAAUAAACAUUUAUUAUUAUUAUUAUUAUUAUUAUUAUUAUUAUUAAGCACAUUUGAGUGGUGUUCAAAAAGCUCCAGUAUGCUUUUGAAUUAAACCAAUAUUGUUGCUGUUUAGUCGUGUCUGACUCUUCGUGACCCCCUGGACCAGAGCACGCCAGGCACUCCUGUCUUCCACUGCCUCCGCAGUUUGGUCAAACUCAUGUUCUUAGCUUCGAGAACACUGUCCAACCAUCUCGUCCUCUGUCCUCCCCUUCUCCUUGUGCCCUCCAUCUUUCCCAACAUCAGGGUCUUUUCUCUUCUCAUGAGGUGGCCAAAGUAUUGGAGCCUCAGCUUCAGGAUCUGUCCUUCCAGUGAGCACUCAGGGCUGAUUUCCUUAAGAAUGGAUAGGUUUGAUCUUCUUGCAGUCCAUGGGACUCUCAAGAGUCUCCUCCAGCACCAUAAUUCAAAAGCAUCAAUUCUUCGGCGAUCAAACCAAUACUGCUACGUUAAUGGCUCUGGGGCAGGGUGGGAUGGAAGUGCAAGCUACGGUUAUUCCAGUUCUAAGGAGCUCUGGUUCUCUUUCUUUCUCCCACCCCCAGAUCCUGCCCUGAGCCCUUCCCCAGCAACCUUCCCGCCUGCUCCCAACUCCACCCUCUCGUACUUCAACAGCACUUACCGCAUCUUGCAGAAGCCUCUCAGGUGGCAGGAAGCCAUGCUCUUGUGCGAGAGCCUCAAUACAAGCUUGGCGAGCAUGACGGAGCCGUACACUCAGGCUUUCCUCACCCAGGCAGUGAGCAGCCUACGGACCCCGCUCUGGAUUGGCUUGUCCAAAGAGGAGGUAAGACAGCCAGGGGGGCUGGCUAAGACAGAGCGGUGAGAGCAAGGGAAGCAGGGCUGGCCCUGCUGUUUGCCAGGGCAGUGCUCCUGCUUCAGACAGCGCCACUAGAUGAAGGCAGGCAUCAGUGUCCAAGUGGUAUAGCAAGACCUUUUCGACAUUGUUGGCCCUGGUAGGCUUUUGGGCUCUGCUUCAGGCGGCAAAGUGUCUUGGGCCAGUACUGGUGGACAGGUGGGGAUCAGAGUUGAGAGUGGCACAGUCGCUAGAGCCAGUAGCCAGAGCUCCAGAAGUCAAAUGACCUACAAUACACACUCCUGGAUGGGAGCUCAAGUGUCAGGGACUGGACUGAGGAGGAAUGGUGGGGACCGCACCCUUCUUUCUCCUGAACCUUUCCGAGAACAGAAGGACACUACAGUCAUACCUCGGGUUAAAUACGCUUCGAGUUGAGCGCGUUCGAGUUGCGCUCCGCGGCAACCCGGAAGUAACGGAGCUCGUUACUUCCAGGUUUCGCCGCAUGCACAGACGCUCAAAAUGAUGUCAUGCGCAGAAGCGGCAAAAAGCGAUGCGCGCAGACGUGCCGUUGCUAGUUACGUUUACCUCUAGAUGCGAACGGGGCUCCGGAACGGAUCCCGUUCGUAUCUAGAGGUACCAUUGUAUAGAUUUACAACAGUGGUUUGCAGAAGGUCACAGUUCAGAGGCUGCAGAGGGGAGAAGAUGGGAAAUAUUGGGAGAGGAACAGCAGGACGAAGCAGCACCAGGGGAGAGACAGCUGACAGACUCCGUGUCUUUGGAAAACAUUCCUGACCCCCCCUCUCCCAGGACCAGACGAGCAUUGAGGGUAGUAGGACAAAAAGGCUCAGAGGCAGAAAGCUCAGAUUAGCCGACGCAGGGGUGACGGAGAAUAGGAGAGACGGAGGGGGUGGGACUCUACUUGGAGCAAUGCCAUUAUCUAGGGGAGACCCCAUUGCUUUGUCUCUCUCUGUGACUAUUGAAUAAACUACUUGGUAAGAACUUUUAUUGUGUAUCAGCUUCUUGGCUGCCAUCGUGGGAGGGAUAGGAUUCUCCGAAGCCUGACACCAAGAGUGGCAAGGUGGGACCAAGUGUAAGCCACGAGUCACUGGAAAAGGGGUGCUUUCAGAGCUGGAUCCUACUCCUGAAACAUCUUAAGAUGAACUACCCGUGCAGGACACGGUAUCAAACAAAUCCAGAAUAUUUCACAAGCCUUACAAGUGCACCCUCCUGACCACGUGGAUUUUAUCUGCAUCCAGUCUCAGUUACAAGCUCCCCCCUCAGAAAUCUUAUUCUGUCUGGUCCAACUUGGCCGAUCUUUUAUUGGUUUACUGGGUUGCUUUUAGGGGAGGCGAAGCUACACGUGGUUCACAGAAGAGAGCCUUUCCUACACAAACUGGCGAGCUGGAGAACCGCAACAGCUUGUAGGGUGCGCAUACAUGGAUGUAGAUGGGACCUGGAGGACCGCCGGCUGCGACACCAAGCUUCAAGGGGCCAUCUGCAAAAUGAGCACAGGUGCUGUACCUGGGAGAGGGGAUGCUCUAGUCAGCCCUGAGCCUGAAUGGAGAAAAGGCCCAGACUUUCCUUCUAACCAGUUCUUCCCUUUCAGGGGCCCUUCCCCCCCACAAGUGGAGGUACAAUGGGAGCUGCCCGAAAUCUGUGGAGGAUUCUUCCUGGAUCCCCUUCCGGAAUCACUGCUAUGCCUUCCACAUGGAAGUCGUGCUGGGCCAGAAAGAAGCUAAGAAGAGAUGUGAGAAAGGUAAAGGGCUUCUAAGAAGCUCAGAGGGAACAACCAUGCUCCACUUCUCAUGCCCUAGAACAUGGCUUCCGGCGCAAAGUCAUGUUUUCUUUCGCUCUGGCUUUUCUCUUUCUGUUUGGUUUCUUCCCUCCUUCCUUGUGCCUAAAGCACACGCCAGCAUUUGUCUUGGAAGUGGACUGCUGGAGAUUUUAUUCAGCGGCAUCUACCUGCCUAUUCCUCCACUUGGGACUGUGGAGCAGUUCUUGUAGGUGGGACAAUAAUUUUUAGAAAGCAAAGUCAUUAAUGUACUCAUCUCUUUAUAUUUAGCACACACAAACAAUUCCCGGACGACAACACACGACAACAAUGGAACAUCAGAGUAAUAACCAAAUACCAGAACUGAAGGAAUCUGCUCACCCCUACUUUGUGCCUGUUUUAGUACAGAACGGUGUGCACACGCUGUUGGCGAUGCGUUUCUGUAGAAAUCCCAGUUGCUGCAGACAUUCUCUUCUAAAGCCCUGGCACCUUUCUCCCUAGAAAGUCAGAGAACUGCUAACUCUUAAGAGUCUAUAGACUGUCCUUUUCUUUCUCCUGCAGAGCCAGUGCUCGAGGGGAGAGCAAAGUGCCGUUGAUUGGCAAUAAGGCAAUCAGCAGAGCUUUUCCUGGGGCAGGGAUUAUUCUGCCCAUUUAAGGGUCCUCUUUGGUUAGAAGGUUUCGCUACAGGAGCUAGGUAGGGAAAACUUGUGCGGCCUUCAGGCACGUAACAUGCAGGCACCUGUGAUUCUGUCAACCAAACUCAGUACAGUGGUGCCUCGCAAGACGAAAAGAAUCCGUUCCGCGAGUCUCUUCGUCUUGCGGUUUUUUCGUCUUGCGAAGCAAGCCCAUUAGCGGUUUAGCGGAUUAGCGCUACAGUAUUAGCGGGCUUAGCGGAUCAGCUGAUUAGCGGCUUAGCAAUCAGCUGUUAAGCGGCUUAGCAGCUUAGUGGAUCAGCUGAUAAGCGGCUUAGCGGCUUGGGAAAAAGGGGGGGGGAAGGAAAAAAACCCCGCAGGAACUCGCAAGACAUUUUCGUCUUGCAAAGCAAGCCCAUAGGAAAUUCGUUUUGUGAAGCACCUCCAAAACGGAAAACCCUUUCGUCUAGCGGGUUUUCCGUCUUGCGAGGCAUUCGUCUUGCGGGGCACCACUGUAUCCUGAAUAUGAGUGUUUUUGGCAAGUUUUUCAUGGGAAGUUUUUCCGCAAUGUGUAAGAGAUCAAGGAAUGAAUAAGGAUUACCUGCGUCAAAUCCCGCCUCGCGUUCUCAUGACACACAGAAACAGCAUCCUUUCUCCCUACACGAGGGAAAGUAAUAUUGGCUCACCUUACAGAUCAAAUGAAUAUAUGAAAAGGGAUGCUUAAUUUACAUAUCUUUUUUUUAUUCUGGUGACAAAAUUGGAGCUUCCUUCAUGUGGAUGAGGGUGUCGUUCAGAAAAUGCACAGUGCGAGAGCCUCUCGGCUGUACUCUUCUUGCCCAGUAAAACUUUCAGGCUUGUGCAUCUGUUUCUUCUCCUGUUCCAUCAUCUCCCGCUUCCCCCACAGUUGGAGGUACGGUGCUGUCCAUCCUAGACGAGAUCGAGAACCUAUUCGUGUGGGAGCAUCUUCAGGCUUAUGAGAGCCAAUCCAAAGGAGCUUGGCUGGGGAUGGCCUUUAACCCCAAAGGUAAGGCUGGCAAUGUCUUGAUUGAUUGGCAUGUAGUUAACAGCAUGUUAUCGUUAUAGGAAAUGAAGAGCAGUGAGGAGGAACAGUUUGGGGCAAUAAAUGAGGGUGGCGUUAAUACAUGAACUGAGACCAGGCGUAGGCAAACUCAGCCCUCCAGAUGUUUCGAGACUACAAUUCCCAUCACCCCUGACCACUGGUCCUGUUAGCUAGGAAUGAUGGGAGUUGUAGUCCCAAAACAUCUGGAGGGGCGAGUUUGCCUAUGCCUGACUGAGGCUGAGGAGCAGUCCAGUUUGACCCCGCAUAUGGAUCUUGGCCACUUUGAUUCCUAUGCAUAAAAGUCUAUAAUUUAAAAUCUAUAAUCUGCACCCAGGGGAAACAGCAGCAGGAGAGGGAAAUGGAAACAGUGAUAAAUGGGGGAAAUAUGCAAUCACAUUUAUUUAAAAGCAUUUCUAAACAUAGAUAGGUGGCUUAUAAAAAAAAGGUAAAGGACCCAUGACAGUUAAGUCCAGUUGCGGACGACUCUGGGGUUGUGGCGCUCAUCUCGCUUUACUGGCUGAGGGAGCCGGCGUUUGUCCGCAGACAGCUUCUGGGGUCAUGUGGGCAGCAUGACUAAGCCGCUCCUGGCGAACCAGAGCAGCGCACAGAAACAUCGUUUACCUUCCCGCCGGAGCGGUACCUAUUUAUCUACUUGCAUUUUGACAUGCUUUCGAACUGCUAGGUUGGCAGGAGCAGGGACCAAGCAACGGGAGCUCACUCCGUCACGGGGAUUCGAACCGCCGACCUUCUGAUCGGCAAGCCCGAGAGGCUCGGUGGUUUAGACCACAGUGCCACCCGCGUCCCUUUAGGUGGCUUAUCCCCAGCCAUUUUUGCCCAGCAGACUACACUGUAAUCCUUGCAAUUUGUUUCCUCUUUCGGAAAAGGAAUUUUUGAUCCUUUUCUGCCAUCCAGCAGAAGUGCUCCCUCCCUCUCCCUCUCCCUCUCCCCCUACCCUGCCACCCCACAGCAUGUUUCUCCUUCCUCUGCAGGGGGCACACUUGUCUGGCAUGACAACAUGGCGGUGAACUAUUCUAACUGGGGGCAGGAUGACACGGGACCCAGCAUGCUCAGCCAAAACAGCUGCUACUGGAUCCAGAGCAGCAACGGGGUGUGGCACUUGGGCUCCUGCUCCAACGUCACCAUGGGAGUCAUUUGCAAGACAGCCCGAGGUAAGCGGGUGGUUUUGAAGGCCUCGGAGCUAAAAUGUGGGGCGAGGCUUCUGAUGGUCAUGGGUCAGACUUCAGCAUCGGGGAAUGAGAGCAGGAGUUCCUUGGGGUUUAUUCAUGGGUCCUCAUCACUACAGUCAUACCUCUUGCUACGUUCGGUUCAGGUUACGUCUUUUCAGGUUGCAUCCCGCGGCGAUCUGGAAGUACUGGAAAGGGCUACCUCCGGGUUUUGCUGCUCGUGCGUGCGCAGACGCUCAAAAUGACGUCACGUGCAUGUGCAGAAACGACGAAUCGCCAGACGCAGGUUGUGUUCUGCUUGUGUUGUGAACGGGGCUCCGGAACGGAUCCCGUUUGCAACCAGAGGUACCACUGUACAUUGUAAGGGCCAGUUGCACUAAAUCACACAUGAUCAACAGCCAAUGAGGUGGGUUUCGGUGGCUCAAAGAGACUGCAAGGGAUUGACCUUACUUCUCUUUUGUUUAAGUAUAGAAUCCUGUAUAUAUCUUCAUGCAUUGAGACUUUUUCUAGUCCACUAUUGUGGUGGUGGUGAUUUUUGGAUAAUGCUGAUAAUUUAAAGAGAAAGAGUCUUGACCAAAGACAGCCAGUGUGCUCUUUGGGAACCUGGCCCUCUUGGGCGCUGGGUGGUUUAAACAGAAUAUGUUAGACAUGGAUUGUCCUCUGCAGACGGCCUUUGGUUGUCCCAAAACUUGAGAUAGAAUGAAAUCGUUUCUUGGGUCAGCUUAGGCCGCUGUGUGAAUCUGCAGAGUUCUAUGGGUUCGUGAAACUCUUCAUCAGCUAGUGAAAAGUGAGGCAGCUUUCAAGUAGAUAAGAGAGGGAGCUGGGCGACUUGUCUAAUCUAAUCUUUUCCAUUCUGCCUAAUGAAGAGUUCUGUGAAGGCUGAAAGGCGUGCAUACUUUUAAUCAUUCCUAAAUUGGUUCAGUAAAGGUAUUACUCUGAAUACGUUUGAUUAAUGUUACUUUAUGGAGAAAAAUGAAGGACAAUAAGAGCUAGAAAGUAGGGUUGCUCUACCAGUGGACAAGGGGACAAGUGUGGUUGCAAUUGAAAGAGAGGAUAUAUUAUUACUUUUAUUGUUAGUGUUGAAAGGGAAACAUAGCUAAUGAAAGUCAAAGGAAUGCAACAGCAAAGCAUGGAGGGAGUUGCUUUGGAAUGUUUUGAGCAGCUCUGAAGGGCUGUUUUCAAGCAACAUAUGAAACAGGACUAGCAACAGGCAAAUUAAUGACACCCUUUCUUUCUCUCUCUCUCUCUCUCUCUCCCGCCACUGGCUGGGUUCUCUUUCCAUGGCAGCGGAAGAAAGCAGCCUCUCCAGAUCAGGUACGUACCAAAAUGGAAACUGGUUGCCGUGUCUCCUUGUAGGUGAGCUUGGCUUUGCCUCCUGACACUCCUUUGAACACCAGUCCUGAAACAGAUGGGCUCCCAGUCUGGUUGUAAAACCGGAGUCUUGUGCCUUUUGCACUAUAGAAGGGGGUGAGAAUUUGAAGCAGGAAAGCCAGACCUGCUUCAGUUGCAAUAACUGGGCACAAGUGAAUUGGACAGGCCUAGGACCCUUGUACCUAUGGGACCGCCUCUCCUGGUAUGCCCUGCGGAGGACCUAAGGUCUAUAAAUACCAACACCCUAGAGGUCCCGGGCCCUAAGGAAGUUAGAUUAGCCUCAACCAGAGCCAGGGCAUUUUCAACACUGGCUCCGGCCUGGUGGAACACUCCGUCUCAGGAUCUGAUUUCUUUCCGCAGAGCCUGUAAGACAGAGUUGUUCCCCCGGCCUUUGGCAUGGAAUCAACCUGAUCCCCUCCCCCUCUUUCCGUUUUCCUUUCUCCUUCUGUGAUGGAACUCCUAUUUGGGGACUUCCUUGGCUUUUUUCUGGCCCACGUAGGACCAGUCUGGAUAGUUGGCCUUGGUGAAGAUUUGACGUUUUCAUCCCCCCAAAGUUUUUGAUUUGAGUUUCUUCUGAAAUGAGGCUGCAUCUUAAUGUUGCAUUUUAAUCUUGUUUUUAAGUUGUACUUUAAUCAAUUGUUUUUAUACCUGGCGUUAGCCGCCCUGAGCCCAGUCUUGGCUGGGGAGGGCGGGGUAUAAAUAAAAUUUAUUAUUAUUAUUAUUAUUAUUAUUAUUAUUAUUAUUAUUAUUACCUCAAACAGCCUCUCUCCUCAUUUGUGCUUGGAGCACAACCUGUCCUCUGCUGCCUUUAUCCCUUACCUGAAGCAGGAGGGGAAGCCCGUGGCGGAAGGGUCCCAAUGGACCACCCCAUGGCAACAAUUCCCACCAGGAGUCCCCACCAGGGAAAUUGGGGGGCCUGUAAUGCAGCACCAUAAUUCAUUGUCUGAAAAGGGCCUGUAGUGGGCUGUAUGCUACUAAGGGACAUUCUGCCAGGGCCCUCUGCUACCUCCUCUCCAAGGUAGGACUUGGCUCUGCCUUUUGUUUAAAAAACAAGGUGAACUGCUGUUAUCUACUGAGUUGAAUAGGAUCCAAAAUGCAGCAGUCUGAUUGGUCCUAGAACAAUAGGAUUCAGAAUGCAGCAGUCUGAUUGGUCCUAGAACAAUAGGCUCCAGAAUGCAGCAGUCUGAUUGGUCCCCAGGAGCCACCCAAUCCAGCUCCAGGUGGAAGUGAAUCCGCAACCUGAUUGGCCUACAGGAGAAUCCCGGAAUUAGCCAAUCACGGGCCCAUUGUGUAAAUAAUAUAUAUAAAGCAGACGUUUUGGGGGAACUUCCAUUCCUCACUACUAUGAGCUGAAUAAAGAGCAUGAAAUCCACACUCGACUCCGAGUAUAUUUCAACUGCCCAGGGAGGAGCCAGCCCACCUUAGAUUUGUAAGCAUGCCCUUUGGGAAGUCAUAACCGCUCUAUAGACUCUGCAAAUACCUGAACGGUAUGUUCUCAAAACCUCAAUGGUUUUGCAUAGGCAAUUGGUGGUCUUGCUCCAUCCUAGGGGUUGGUCAGGUUGAAGCCUGCCAAGGAUGCAGGCCCAAGGGGUGCAAAAACAUGCCUCUCUCUGCCCUGGCUUGGAGUUAUCAAGGGUGCAAGGGACAGGGAGGGGUGCAAAGGCAGCUCCUGGCCAAGGGCGCAAGGGAGCCUAGCUAUGCCUCUAGGUGUGCUGAGUAUCAUAGAAUCAGAGUUGGAAGGGACCCUGAGGAUCAUCUAGCAAUGCAGGAAUACGCAGCUGUCCCAUACGGGGAUCAAACCUGCAACUUUGGAAUUAUCAGCACCACGCUCUAACCAACUGAGCUAUCCAUGCUUUCUCAUAUUUAUAGUACUUGUAUCUUGAGCAGAAUUCAUCAUGCCAAGGGACUCUGUUUACAUUUAAACUGAACUGUUAGGUAACUGGAGACCUAGUUUAUUUUAUUCAUUCGGUUUUUUUCCUCCCAAAAGCGUGCAGGGUGGCAAGCAACAAUUUAGAUGGAGGGAUGAGCAGAGCUUCUAGUAGUGAGUGGGUGGCGCUGCAGGGCUCUGCAAACUUUCUCUUACUCCUCUCCCAUGGUUAGAGAAGCUGAAUACAUUCCGCAAACCAAAUUUAACACACCUGUUUAUAAUAUUCACCCCGGAAUUUGGUUCUUUGGCACACAAAGGGCUGUUUUUAGCACAAGACAGAUCUGUGCAAAAGUUGCCUCUCUGGCAUAGAGAUAGUUAUGGGUAGGUAGCCGUGUCGGUCUGCCGUAGUCGAAACAAAAAUAAUAAUAAUUAAAAAAAAUUCCUUCCAGUAGCACCUUAGAGACCAACUAAGUUAGUUAUUGGUAUGAGCUUUCGUGUGCAUGCACACUUCUUCAGAUACACUGAAACAGAAGUCACCAGACCCUUAUAUAUAGAUGGCAGAGAGAUGUUAGGUGGAGAUUUAGCGAGAUUUCCUUCUUUUGAAACCCAAAUGGCAAGAGUUUCCCCAUUUCGAUGCGUCUGCUUAAAAUUCCGCAUCCCGCUAAGCAAACUGAAACUAAUCCUGGCCAGUUCUGUGCACAAAGUCUCCCCCUUGCUCUUCCACAAAAAUGGGUCUCCUUCCGUUUUGACCCUUUUCCCCUCUCCUUUGCAGCUUUCCUGGAGAACACAAAGGCCAUCGCGGUGGUUAUCCUCUCCUCCUUAGCACUGUGUGCCCUGAUAGCAGUUGCUAUCUAUCUGUACAAGCGCCGGAGGACCUCAGAGCGAGGGGCGUUUGAGAGUGCCCGCUACAGCCGUACCAACUCCAACCCCAGUGAAUCUGCAGAGAAGAACAUUCUGGUGUCUGAUAUGGAAAUGAAUGAACAGCAAGACUAGUGGGGGAAUUGGCGAGCCGGGGUGGGGGGAGGGAGGGACCUGAGUACCUGUCAUAACAUGCCAUCUCAACAGCAAGCCCCCGAGGACAGCAUAGGGCAACAGCAGGGUCAAUAGAUAGGACUGUGAACUGCUAAGGAGAUGUGGAGAAAUACUUUUUAAAAAAGUCCCAUUUGUAUGUGACACUAGAAGAAAUUCAGCCCUGGCCUUGUACGUCUGCCCUUCUCAAAGAGGAGCCAUGGGAGAAAAGGGAAAGUGGUUCAUUUGUUGGAGACAGUGAGUUAGAAAACCUCAUUUUGGAUGCUCCAGUCUCUGCCGUGUCUUCUCCACAUUUCCUUAGAGAAUGAAAAUGCAAGCAUUACUUUUUCCUGGUUCUAAUAUUAAAACAGGGAAGGGCUUGCAGGAUUUCCUCGUGUUCUUCUUGGUAAGAACACGCCUUUCUUAUUUUGGAUUACUUAUUGAAGCCAUGUGGAUAAUUAAAAGAGUGAUGGGCCCUUGAAUUCCUAAUAACGGUGGUUCGAUCUUCUAUUUCUCUGAUGCCGAGAUACCCCGAGAUAAAUGCUUCCCCAACCGUGCCACUGCCAUAGCAACCAUUCUGCUGUUAAAUUCUGUUGCCAUAUAGAGGACCUUUCUGCGAAAACAACUGAAAGUGGUGCCACAAACGUUUUCGCAGCUUCAGGAUGGCCUCUUGGUGACAAAUGAGUAACAGGUGUGUGCUUGGGGGUGGUGAAGAAGACAGGAACGUUGCUAUUUGCCUCUGCCUCUUUUAACGAUUCCGGCUAGAUGUGCACUUCCUUGCAAAACUCAUAAGCCAUCAAAGAAUUGAACAUCAUUAUGAGCCCUUCUACAAACAAGUGGUAGUGGCGGGGAGUUCGCUAAAUGGUCCUGGGGGUUGUGUCCUUUUCCCACUGAUCACAAAACGAAACAAUGCAUCAAGUAGGUCAAGUGUGGGGCUUAGACAUCUGCAUUUCGAACAGGAACAAUGAGCAUGAGUUGUCCACUCAAGGCAAGGCCUGCUUUCCCCCCCAAGAACAAAAUGUUGCGGUCUGAGCACUUAAAGGAAAUGCAUUGUAUCUGCAACAGAAACACUGCCCUGAACUUAAAAUGGGAAACAAAUGCAUAUUUAUUGCAGAAAACAGGGGUUUUUUUGCAGAAAGGUCCUCGGAACAACAGCAUUUCUUGAGUGGAAAGCUAAUAUACUGGCACUUGUUUUUAAUUUUAAUUUUGUUGUUGCCUUGCUGGAUAAGAGGUAUAGACAACUUGUUUUCUGGUACUUCUCGUUUUAUACUGUAUCAAAGUGCAUGUUUGACAAUUAUACCUUCUUUUGGGGGUAUUUUGUGUCUCUGUGUAGAUGUGAUGGCCAAAGGUUCUACAAUUCCCCCCUUUCCCACUUAAUUUUCAAUCAUUCUAAGCAAUGCAGCAGGACACUAAAGUUUUCUUGCUUCCAGAAUAAGUAUACAACUUGGUUUUGGAUAGCAUAUGCUAGGAGCUAGUGAGAGACCUUGGGUGAAACAAAUGUGGAAUUAAGAAACAAAAAAUAGAACAGGGCAUGCUGUGGUUGUCGUUUUGUCCUUUGCUUCCAACUAAAAAACUUUUGAACAGUGGCUGUGCUAAAUAUGAUAAGGGGAGAAUAGUUCUUUUCUGCUACUCAAAUAAUUAUGAGAAUUGUUGUAUGUAUAUAAAAAAAAUCUGGUAAUUUUCACUUAAGCUGGAUAUUAAGUGUUCAUAAAAAUGUUUACCUUUGUCUCUUUAAUCUUUAGGUACCUGGAAGCUGCCAUACCAGGCCAUGGUAUGGAGAGUUUCUGAGACAAUCUUAGGUUUUCCAGUUCCUUUUCCCUUGAUGACUGCUGCUUGUUUCCUGGGCAUCUUUUUGGUUUAGAUAAAGAUGUUCAUACAUAUUGAUUUAUGGCUAAUGCUAAACAACUUCUCUGCUCAGGGGAUCGUUUUUCAGGGCUGAAUUGGAAUGACUUUGCCCUGGACUCCACCAUUAGAUGUGUGAAGUAACAGUGCCUUCGGUAAUAUGUAGUGUGCCUUCAUCUCUCUCAUAAGUAGUCACAGGCAAGCCUUGUGUGUCUGGGCAAUUAAGCUCCCAGGCAAAAGGCCAAUUUCUGGGCUCGGGUGCUGGGAACCUCUCAUUUUACAAAUGAAGCACUAACCCUUUUGCAGCAAUAUUGAACAGAGGAUUCCAAUGCAGACGUGAAAAUGGUGCAGGCAUGAGAACUCAGUAUCCAUGUUCACUGAAAUGGAUAUUCUCUGAAACCAAAGCUUCUGCCCCAAGAAUGUUGAUGUGCUGUAUGAGCACUUCUUCAACAUUUUGACAAAGGAAUUGCAUGGAAAUGCCUUCUGCCAAGAAGGCAAGCCUGCUGGUCAAUAUAUAUUCAGGAAUUAAGUGCAAUAGCAGGCCAGAAAGGAGGGAAGCUUCUUCCCAGAUGUGUAUGCUGCUGCUAUUCCCUCAGACUCUCCCUCAGUAAUUAUGACAGUACCAUAGCCACCCCUUAACAACAGUCUUGACAAUGUUAUUUCCCUCUUUGCUUUCAAGGUGAAUAAAACACAACCAGACAACUAUCAUUGCGUUCCGUACAAGGAGGGAAGAGGUAUUAUCCCAAAAUAAUGAGAAGUUUGCUUGUUUGUUUGUUUGUUUGUUUGUUUGCAAUUACUGGAAAAAUGCCUCAGAUUAAAUGCAUUUCUUAUCACCCUUCUGAAUAAUGUGAAAAGGUGCUGGAAAAGAAACUGGCAACUUUUAAAGUAAUUACUUUUGCUUUUUUAAAAAAAAAGCCUUCUAGAAUCUUGGAAUAAAGCUUCAUUUCCCCAUCCGUUUCAGCAAAAGCAGACUCUUCAUCUUCUUCCAUGGUUUUCAGUAGUCGCAAGAAGCCAAAAACCUCUUUUGCCCCAUUUCUUGCUUUCUCAGAAUUUACCAUUCACUGUGCAGUGCGUCAUUUUAAUUAAAGCUGUGAAAAUUCAACUUUGACUGAUCCCAAGAUUGGUAAUGGCAGAAAUUCCUCUUCAGUGGCUAUAUUUGGACUUGAGAUGAAUUUCGAGAACGUCAGUCUUGCAGUCUUUUGAGAUGAACGAAAUGUGGGCUCAGCUCAAUUGUUCAACUCAACUUCUCACAAACCUUUUAGCUUUCCCAUCGCCUUCCUCACAAACUGCUCACAUGGCCUUUAGGAGUGCAACCAGGGAAGCUCAUUCUCAGCUAAGACAAUCUGAAUGCUAGUGGGCUCCACCCAAUCUAUCAGCCACUGAAUUGUAUCAACAUGUGGAGAAACCUCUGGAAUUCAACUCUUAAAAACUCUAAUGCACAUGUCUAGAUAGAAGACGGGAGUGGUAACAUCAUCAUUAAGGGAAGGAGCUUAAGCAAUGCUCUCUUUUUGAAACAGAGGCAGGUGCUGUGAGAAGUUGUCUUUUGAGCUACAAUUCAAGGCACUACACUGGACCAGUUAAGCCCUUCAGUGCUAAAACACAAUGGACCAAGCAAACCCAUUCUGAAACAG